GUCACUGACAUUUUCCUCCUGUGAAGGCACAUUUCCUUCCUAGCCUUCGCUUCACUUAUCUAGGGUAUGCAUUUUUCUAAAAAGAAAAAAAAAUGAGCGAGAGAGAAAGAGAAAGAAGCAAUGGGAGUUGUUAGAAGAAAAAUGGAGAGUUUAUUUCACAUUCUAAUUUCUACCUGCCUGGCUUUUGGGAUCUCUGGUAAGUACAACUCCCCUUCAGAUUUUUGUGUUUCUUGCCCGUUUUGGCCGUGGUUCCCAAGAGUUCCUGGGAGUUUCCCCUGAGCUGCUGAAAGGGAAUGAUUUCCGUGCUUCAGUUUAUAUAAUAAGGGAGAGAGGCAUUGGCCGAGUAAAACCUGAGAUUGUUUAGGUUUCAAUCAAAAAAAGGAAAUAAACUUUCUUUUGAAUCAUUGCUUCAUUCUUUGAGAAGUCCUCCCCACUGGACACUCUCUUUGGUCCAUGCUCAUUUGUGAGGGACUCUGAGACUUUAUCCAUGUUUUGUGCAGGCAAGUUAUAAAAUCAGAGGCUUUUACAGAUACAUUUUUGCUAGAACUUAUCGUAAUAUAAAUCAUCCCACAGCUAAUUACAAAUGAAACACAGAAAAAGGAAGCAGCCAGGCAUAUUCUUUAGCUGAAGAUGGGGCUCAUCACCAAAGAGCUGAAAUUGUAUUUAUUCCAUGCUGUAAAAUAUGGGAUGGGAAAGAACUUAUUUUGUGAUGCAAGGGGGUGAUUCCUUGUGAUUUUGUGAUUCCUGAGUCUAACCACUGUUGUAUACAUGGUACCAGUCAGUCAUUAUUGCAAAGCAGUGAAUGGAAACCGCAUUGCAAUGAGCAGCAUAAGUCAGGGAGUUUAUAUUAAUAACACCAUAUCUCAUGUUUAUAUGAAGUAAACAGAGCCCAAGGGUGAGAGAAGCAGAGACAGAUUUGAAAACACUUUAAAGCAAAUGGUUUGCAUGUUGCAAACCAGUUUUUAAAAGGAUUAUUAAGAGUUCGACUUAUUCACAAUAUUGUUUAUUGUGAAAUGAAAACAUGGGCAAUUAAUGGCUUAGUUUGAUUUUCUUUCCCCUCUACUCUGAGAGGAAUUAAGUUUCGGGAAUCCACAGAAGUAUGCAGAAAGUCUGUACACCAUGAUCCCAAACCUCCUUUUGACACAACUGUAAACUUUCUUUUUACCAUGAUUUGUAGGCGAUUACCACAACAGAAAGAUAGUGAGAUAAUAAUGGUUAUGGAAAUGAGUUAUCACCCUUGUGGAGCUUGUAUGGUUGCUAUUGUUUCUGUUCUGUGAACCUUAACAUAUAUUCUGUCCCAUUUGUAUGGGUUCUUCAUUUCCCCUCUCAGGUGGUUUUCUUAUUAUCCACGAGCUAAAACAGCAAUGUAUUUAUGAGAGCAAUAAAACAGUAUAUGUGGGAACAUGCAACCUGACCAAUAUAAACCAGCAGUGGAGAUGGAUGAAGAAUGAAAAGCUCCUCCAUGUUAGAUCUGGCCAAUGUCUGGCUAUCAGCAGGUUUAAAGCGGCCCAUUCGCGCAAAGCCAUCACCACCAACUGCUCUGAGGCACCCAGUUGGACCUGUCACAGCAGGGAAGGACUCCUUGAGGUGAAAAACAGCUUUCUGUUCCUCAAGAAACAAGGCUCGACGGUAGUAGUGAAGAUGGGGAGGAAAUAUCUUCAUAGUUGGAAAAGAAUUGACGUCAACAAGAAGGGAGAGACUCUCCAUGACAACCUGUGCUCAAGGAAUGGUAAGCCACUCCUUCGAAUAUGCUUCCCAUGAACCGUAAAGUGUGUCUUGCGCUGACCAAUUUUGGAAGUUUUUGUUUUGCAUUUAUAUCAUUUUUUCAAAGUAGUGUAUGUGGUUCUUCUCCCUCCUUCCCUUCAACAACCCUGUGAGGUAGGUUAGGCUGAGAGGCAGUGAUUGGCCCAAGGUGACCCAGUCAACUUCAUGGCCCUGUCUACAUUGACAUUUAAGUAACAUGACUUGCACUAAUAAAAAGCCAUUAAGAGUAGCUUCAAAGCCACUUUUGAAAGGAAAGGAAUAAGAUGUCUCUUCCUCGUAUGCUUAGGUAUUUUUAGCCUGUCAGGUGCUUUCUUAGCUGAAAGCCAGUAUGGGGUAAUAGUAUGAGUGUCAGACUAGGAGUUGGGAGACCAGGGUUCAAAUACCCACUCAGCCAUGAAGUUCACUAGAUGCCUUUGUGCCAAUCACUGCCUCUCAGCCUAACCUACCUCACAGAGUUGUUGUGGGGAUUAAAAGAGGAGGGGGGAACCAUGUAUGCCACCUUGAGUACCUUGGAGGAGAAGGCGGGAUAUAAAUUUAAUAAAUAAUAAGACAAUUCUCGUAUUUGGUCCUUUGGCACUCUGAAAUAGCUUUUAAAUGGUUUUGUUUAUUGUUGUGUGUAGGUCUGAUACAGUCUGCAAAAAAGGAGUAUACAAAUUACACAACAUCCCCUCUUAAAACAUUUCAUCACAGAAAUGAAGAGUAAAAAAAUCAGCAAUCUUUUAAAAACAAAAUCAAGCAACAGUAGUGGUGCAUAGGCAGGUAUAUCUUCACAAACAUAAGCUCCUCAGUUGUUUGUUCAUCUGAUAUUACAUAGCAUUUACAAGCACUUAGUAAUCCUAAUAAUAAGCAGGUAAUGUAGAACUGUAUUAUUUAUUUUAAUAAUUUAUAUGCUGCUUAGUACUAUAGUUUCUAAGCAGGAUAAAAUAGAAGAAAUACAGGGGAAAUUCACAAAAAUUUUGACCUACAGACCCAUUUUCCAUUUUCCAAUAAACAUGUUUUAUUUCAUUUUAAAUAUAAUUUUCCAAAGUUUUGUUAUCUGGCAACAGUUCUUCAAAAUUUUACACUUGAGUGAAAAAAAUUCAGGACGUCUGGUUCCCCCUUGCUGCCAUCAAAGUUCUGUUAAAUACCUCUCCAAGAAAAUACACAAUGACCCUUUGUCGUCUUGAUAGUUUUGCUUUCCCAUUAGGUGAAUUGACAAGAAAUGUUAUGUUAAUAACAAAAUCAGUAAAAAUUGUGUUGGUUGAAAUUCUUCCUUAAGGUUCUUAGCCUUAAGAAAAGGUGCUGGAAUGUUACCUGAAAUGUGUUAUACAUGCAAUGUGACAAAUGUAAUAUACACAAUGUGCAACUUACAUAGCAUAAAUGUACUGUCAUUUAAACCUAUUUUUAGGACAGUCAUAAUUCCUUCGCUGGGAACUUCAUAAUUAUUAGGCCUUUAUAUAUUAUAUAUAUUAUAUAUAAUAUAUUAUAUAUAUUAGGCCUAUUAUAUCAUCAGUGUGGGGCAUCUUACAGAGUUUUACAGAGACAGGUGCCUGCCAUCAAGGAACUUAACUUAUCUGAAAGAUAAAUCAGACUAGGGGAGCUGGUAUCACUUUUAGAAGAAAUGUAAUAUAAUCAUGUGUUGAUAUAUUUAGUAAUUAGGUACCCUUUUAAGGUUAAUGGUCAGUAACUUCAACCUUAGUAUGGUUUAAAAAGGCAUCAAAUGUAUCUUUUCUCCACUAGACCCUCGCCUGCUUUCUUGAAGCUUGUUACCUGCUUCCCUUCAGGUGCAUCAAGGAAGCAGGUGCAUCCUGAUUGGCUCUCCCUAGCUAGGAGGAAUAGUUGGUAUCAUCUAGAGCAGCGUUUCCCAAACUUGGGUCUCCAGCUGUUUUUGGACUACAAUUCCCAUCAUCCCUAGCUAGCAAGACCAGUGGUCAGGGAUAUUGGGAAUCUGCCUCAUGGGUCAAAUCUGUCAGAACUGCCCACCUGUCAAAAUCUCUCAUUCCCAUAGCAGCAAAGGUGGAUUUAAAGGGGAAGAGGGUGGAGAUAGGAAAGCAAGCGAGGCAGUCUCAUCCACCAACCACAGCACAGAUCUGAGUACAAGGGAGUUUAGCUUUAAAUCAGAGGCAGUGUAAAAUGCUUCUGAUAAAAACUUGCUGUUCUUCUAUCAAGGGCAUCCUACUUUUAAGCAGUGUGAGGUGGCCACCCAGUUAAGUAUAGUACUAUAUUUCACUGAAAUGGUAAGUGCUUGUGUGCAUUACUUUGUGUUUAAAUCUGAUUAGUUGGUAACUGAAUUCUAGAGAGUUCUCUAGUAGUUCUCAUGUGAUUGGCUAACAGGGGUCACAUGGGAGGUAUAUAAAGAUGCCGAGACUCCAUUUUAUGGGAAGCAAGAUGACUGUAUUUUAGACUCCACUGCGAACACUACUAAGUUGAAUAGAGUGUUGGAGUGCUUCUCUGCUUGAAAGAAAGACAGGAAAGGCUCAGGAGAAGGUAAAAGUGGUAAUCUCUCAAAAGAGCUGCAAGGCAUGGCCUAACUGAAAUACAAAGUACUGAGCUCUGGAAAGAGAGAGAAAUGCAGCUGUUUGGAAGUUAGAAGAAGAGACUGAAAGCCCAUGCUUGGACAAGCAUGUGACUGUAAAUAUUAUCUUUUAAUUUAUCUAUAAGUUUCUGCAAGUUAAAUGUUUGACUGUUAAAAUCUGGACACUGGUUUAAUUUCCAAAGAAGGGUGUCAGUCAUAUCUAUGAUAUGAGCUUCUUAGCUGUGAUUUCGCUACUCUUACUUCAACACGUCUUAGGCAGCAGAUAUUAGGGGCUGGUCGUUGCAGCCCCUUGGUCCAUUGCUCCUGAGCUCCCUGGCCACUACAACCUGCUGGGUCCGCACCCUGUAUUGGUAUGCUUGCUUGUUUCUGUCCUGGCUUGGCUGGACAUGUUACCUCCUCUUCACACAAAACAGGCUGCACCACUGGGAAAGUUCCCAGAUUCAGAAAGCAGGCAGGUGGCUGUCAACCCAUGCCACAGACUCCAGCAGGCACCACAUCUGCAUAUAUUUUGCCUGCUCAUGUGAUGCAUGCCGGUGCCAAUGUUGCUGCAUUGUGGUAUUUGUUUGGGUGGGCAGUGAGCAGGCACCAAGUGGAGCAAUAAGCAAAUGCCAGCAAAGUGUUAGAGGACAGUACUGUGUUUGCCACAUGGUCUGUUCUGCUUCCCCCAGUACAGAUCUGAGGUCCAAGAUCAAGAGCUACUGGGUGGAAGUUGGAGCCUGCCUUUUCUAAAGAAAAGUAUGCAUACAAUUUCUGGAUGCAGUCUUAAGUUAUAGCCACAGGGUUAGAUUCAAAGACUAUUCAAGGCAUGUGAAGGAAUAUUCAGUUUCUUUGAAUUUUUCUCCUUGCUAAAAACAUUUUAUGAUUUUAAAGCACCAGUCCUAUAUCUACUUACCUGGAAGUAAGCCCCACUGAAUUCCAGGAGCUUUACCUCUAAGCAGACAUUCAUUGAAUUGCACUGUAAAUAUUUAUGUGAGCCUUAGGGAUAAACCUAAUAAAUUAAAGGAGCAGUUGUGAGGAGUACCAUCAAUGAUAUUGGCAAACUGAAAUCCAGAAAACAUUCUCAGUAGAUCAACCUGUUAGGAAGCAGACAGGACAUUGAGUUGUAUCACUAACAGUGCAAUCCUAUGCAUGUCUACUCAGAAGGCAUGGCCCAUCCCAUUCUGCUGCCUGAGGCGAAAUGGGAAGUUGCCACCCCUCUGCCGAAGCCUCUCUUACCUGGGCUGUGUAGCGGUGCCUGCCAAGGGGUGGUGGCAAGUUCUGGAAAGAUCUCAUGAGAUCUUAAAAGAGCUCGCAGAGCUCUCUGGAAGCCACUGGUGCUGCUCCACAAGCAGUAGAGCUGGGGAGGCUGGUGGGGCACCCACAAGGGUGGUAGGGCACCCAUUUGAAAUCCCACCACCCAAGGUGGCUGCCUCAGCUAGCUUUGUUGGUGGGCUGGCACUGCUCAGUGGUAAGCCCCUUUGAAUUCGACAGGGAUUAGUUCCAAGUAAAUGGAUAUAGAUUUUCAGCCUUUGCACUCCUAUACCUUUAAAUCAGUGUCAUACCACUUCAAACAGUCAAAGCAUCCUGUGAACUGCAGUUUGUUCGGGGUGCUGAGAGUUGUUAGGAGACCCCCCUAUUCCCCUCACCAUGCUACAAUUCUCAGCAUCCUCUGGGAAAACAGGAAUGGUUGUUAAGCCACUCUGAGAAUUGUAGCUCUCUGUAUGUAGUGCAUAUGGGGUUUCAUUGAACUUCCUUCUGAGUAGGCAUGGCUAUGAUUUUGCUGUAAAUCUUAUCAGCAUUGCACAAAUUUUGAGACUCAACAUAUUUAUAUAACUUAGGAAAAGACUCAUUUGUUUAAACAGUUAUUUGCAAUUGUCCUUGCUAGCUAAAUUUGGGGAGUGGAUAGUUCACAAAGCAGACAGAAGGAACACUGGUUUGGUGGUUGCAAAUGCAGUCCUUAUCUUAUUUCAAAAGCUAACUUAUUUCAUUUUUAGUUUUAUUUGAAAAGCAACUCUACAUAUUAUUUAUUGACUAAAUUGUAUUCUGAUUAGAAGACUCAUAUUUUUUUAAAAUCUCCAAAAAGAAUCCUCAUUUCGACUAAGAAAAAAAUUUAUCAGACACCAAGUGUGACAUGAGUCAUUUUACUCGUACUUUAUAUCCUCCCUUUGUUUUGUCUGCAGUCUUAAGUAGACAAAACAGAGGAUAAGCAAAAAGGAUAUAACACAAUAGCUAAAUGACUGGUGUGCAUUUGGAAGGCAUGGUGAUAAGAAUGCACUUACAGUUUCUCCUAAAUAUUCCAGCUAUGACUCAACGAGCCCAAUUAUGAGAGCAAAGUAGUGAUCCAAUGAGCCCCAUUACAUACAAAGGCAUGUGUGUGCACAAUAAGGGUUGUGACUUCACUAUUGCUAUAAUGAUGGUGGUGAUGUGCAUAUCCAGUGGUAUCCUUUGACCAAUGUUCAGCAGAAUAAAGAGGGAAGCAAUUUUCUGUGAUUCCCCUUCUCCCCUGCACCUUCAUGCCUUUCUAAAUCUGCUCUGGAUGGUCCCUAAACUUUCAGAGCAGAUUUAGCUGGGUGUGGAAUGGGAUGGGGGAUAAAAUUGAUUCUGUUUGUAUUUAAGCUGAACCUCCCAAAUUUGCAUUUUCAGGUACUAUAAAAGAACCAAAACACAACCAUCCUUUAAAAUUCGUACUUCCCUGAAUUUUGCAAUGCAGUUCUUCAGGCAAUUACUGUGUACAAAAAAAUACAUAUACUGCAGUAAACCAUGCACAAAAAUGUAUGUAUCAUUGAAAAUAACAUUAACAUGCAUCGUAUUAAGAAAAUUGCUUGGUAAAAAUGUGUAUAAAGGUAAAAUUGCAUAGAAACUUAUAUAUAUAUUGGGGAAAAUCUGACUAACAUGCUGGUGAAUUUUGAUGAGGACUUUUUUUUAAAAGAAAAGAAAUGCAAACUGAUGUGGGAAGGUGGAGUAUUGAAAUUGAUACUGCAGGAAUGAUAACUUGAAAAACCAAUAUUGAUGGAUUGGCUCAUCCCUAGUGUGUGAGGACAUUGUGGGUGCAAAAGUUGCUUGCCUUCCCAUUCUGUUGAUGGAAGCCUUACUAAGAGCUGGGAAGCAUUGUUGGCUAUUUAUUACACCAUCAUAAUCUACUACUACUAUAUCUGCCACACUGCUUAAAGUCAAUACAAAAACAAAACAAAUAUACAAAUCAGCUAGUCAAUAAAAUAACAUUGAUUGUAAAACCUUAACAGCAACUCCUUCUGCUGCAUCACAAACUACUUUUGAACCCACAGGUUUGAAAUCAGCUUUGUCUCAGCCACAAACAUACUUUCUAUUCAAGAGUAUGUCCCACUGACUGCAAUAGUACUUGUAGGCAAAUGUUCAUAGGAUUUAACCUGAAAGACAUUACUAAAAUUUGCAAAUAUCACAGUCCUUCCCAGUGGACACAGCCUGUGCUUUAAGCUUCACUUGUCGCUCCUCCACCACAUUUCUUCUAUUGUAGUUCUGAUUUAAAAAACAACAACACCACAAUCACAGGCAGUAUUCCAAUAUGCAUAGUGUUAUUAUUUGUUCCAGUCCUGGCACUGGUAAGCGAAACAGCACAUUUAGUGUAAUAAAAUCCACUGUGUUGAUUGAUUUAAUCCAGAAGUGAUGGUACUCAUUCUAUGGAUAACUUGCAAUUCAAUGGUUCCACGUUGGAGUCUCCCUCUGAAGUCCAAGAGUCUCCCUUUUUGUUCAAGGAUGGCCACCUUAUAGUUAUGGAACAUACCAGGAGGUUGGAAUGUUGGGAUGUUUCCCUGAUGGUUUGGGGAAGUUGCCAUUUCUGAUAUCAGAUUAGUGCCCAUUUAUUCUUCUUUUAGAUAAAGCCCUGUUUAUGCUGUGUAGAGGGGCAUUGUGAUGCAUAUGUCACAUUAAAAGAUGAGAAAAAUGAAUGAACCCAAUAUUGUAGGUGACACUAUCAGGCCCUGUAAGAGCGUUGCCAGAGAAGACACUAGGAUAGAAUUGUUAUAGGGUUUGGUCUUUGUGUCCAUAUCUCUGUAAUGUUGUUGCUGAUGAGUAGCAGUGUUAGACUGGGGUAGAGGCUGUUUGUAAGCAAGUAUAGACCUUCCACACCAAGGCCUGUGAGAGUGAAGUGCCAUUGUCAGGACUGAUCAUUGACAGCAUGCUUGAGUGGUUCGUAGGUAGAGAUGGGUGAAUAUUUCGAUUUCGAUUCUGAAAUCAGGACCAUGAUGGGGGAAAGGGUUAAUCCCCAACUCUCUGCCAUGCGGUUUAGGGAUCCCCACGCCAGCUAUUUGCAAAAGAAAAUACUGCUACGCAGAGGCAAACUGCAUGACCGUUAUCAUCACCUCCACUUUGGCCCUGAAUUAACUUGGCACAUUAUUUUUUUUAAGCGUAUUGUUUACACAGCGUUGCCCAUAUGUUCCAAAAUCUCCUGAAGGCAAUAACUGAAGCAAUCAUCAUGUCACAAAAGCCACAUCGCUCUAUAAUAACACAGAGUAGUGAUUCCCAUAUGAAGGAGUUUAACCCACAAAUGUAUUGUUGGACUCCUGCAAAUGGAUUGUCACAGUGCUGGAUGUUGGGCUGGCCUCACACUUACAGUGACUUUUGUGUGUGUAAUUUAACAGACUCCUACAAUUUCCUCUCCGGAGAAGAGCAAAGAUUAUAGUUUAAAAUAGAAAAAAACAUUAGAAGUGAGUUGUGUGUUCAUUGGCGGGGGUGGGCCUUCCUGAGGAGUUCAAAAUACAUGUUAGGCUAACAUAACACGCAUGUUUUACAUUGAAAAGGACCUUGGAGGAACAUGCAUCUUGUACAUGUCAACAGAAGAUAGACAGUUUUAUUUUAUUGGUAGCAUUACACAUGCAUGUCAAUGUUGUUGUUUUAAAGGGAUGUUGUUCACUUCAAGAUGAAAGUUCACAAAGUGGUCCUUUUGGCAGGGGAGAAAUCAUAGGUUGACAUUCUAAGACUUCAUAAUUACACACUGAGUGAUCAUAUUUGGAAACAUCUGCUGCUUCUAACCUAGUAAUUACAACUUUUUUAGAGGGGCCGUGAGCUAAAAAAAUUUAUACGUGGCAGGCAGCCUACUGUUGUGGCAGCAAAACAAGGCUUUGCCAUGCGUGAAACUCUGCUUCUAGGAGUACUUUACCUCAAGCAAACACAUCCUGCUAUUGAAAGGUAACCUGGUUUUCUGUGAGAGAGGGAAGUUCACAUUGCAAAGGAACAGUCCCAAACUUUUUGGCCUAUAAAUGUAGCCGUAGUGGUCAUAGAACACCACAGAUUGAGCCUUAAUUCCCAGUCACAUAGAAAGGACAACAUUCUCUUACCACAUAGGGAGAAGUACAGAAUGUGAACGGAAAAUGUGUAAAAGUUUCUUCCUGCACUCCCAUUGUAAUUUUGGCAUUCCCUAAAAGAUAGGUGACUUUAAAAAGCUCAUAUAAUUACAGCCCAUUACCAGAAGCUUGUGGGCAGUGCCCUCCAGGUUAUUUCCUGAACAGAGCAGGCAUGAGAUUUUACAUGGAAGAGUUCUGAAUAUCUGUUAUUAUAAAGCAGUCUUGGGCCAUUUGUGACCAGCCAGGCUUAACGCAGCCUAUCAGCUCUGUACAGCAGAAUUGGAGAACUUCUUGGUUUUGUAGCAGCCCACCAAAAUCUGCAAAAACAAGUUGCUCCCAUAUGCCUUGUACAAAGAGGUACACAGGUACAGAGCACAUGAAAGGUUAGAGGAGAGGGCACACGCAGGAAUAUCAGGACCAGAUCCUCCAAAGCUGAAGGGUUACCCAUGUCUCCCUUGAUGAACAGUGAAGAAAGCACUGGGUGUGGAGAGGGAUAGGAACUUGCCCCAGACUGCUAGGAAGUGCUUCAAGAACAGGUGUGAAUGGGCUUAGCGUUUACAGGUUUGCCAGGGACACAGUUGCAUGUAUCAUGCACACCCACAAAAUGUAGUGAACCUUAUAUAUACAGGUUCCUGUUAAAAGUGAAUUCCUUGACCUUGGGCAGAGGUGUUUCUAAUGACCAGCCCACAUAAACGAUUGAAUUCCAUUUCGUCUUUUAUUGCAUAUGCCUUUUUCUGUAUCCAUUUUGAAGAUCUCAAACAAGCUUGCUAUUGUAGGGUGGUUGCUGAUUAUCACAUGAGAAGCAUGCUUUUUGAAUUCAUCAGUCAUAAUAAACGAAUAAGUCAAAUUAAAAUGGUAAAAAAGCAACCCACAACCAUAGUGUUAUCUGUCUGUCUGCUAUAGCUCAGUAAUAGUACAUCUGUUCUACACUGAGAGGUUCAAUUCUGCACAUCAUCAGGUACAGUAUGGGAAAUACUUCUCUGAAAUCCUGGAGAGUCACUGCCAACGUAGACCAUACUGAGCUGGAUAGCUACCUGGAAAGGUUCCAUAUAUCUGUCUAUCUGUCUAUCUAUCCAUCUAUCUAUCUAUCUUUGGGCACUUCACUUUUAUUAUUGAACUGUUUGCUAAUCUGCCUGCUCUUCAGUCUUUAAAUUGGAUUUAUUUUUGUGGGGGGAUUAAAUAAGUUUGGUUGGAUGUGGAAUUGACCCCCCCCCCUUUUUUUUAAAUUGGAUUUUUUCUUUUCUUUUUUGAGAGGACUUUUCCAUUUUAUUCUUUGUGGAUUAAAUAUAUGGGUUUCCAAGCUAGAAACUGGAGUUCUAGUUAAAAUAUAUUAACUGCACUCAGUUAAAAUAUAUUAAAAGAAUUGCUACUAUGCCAAUCAAGCUCUUUCCUGAGAUAACCGACCCUGGAAAGCAGCUUGUCAAGAUGUUGUUGCGGGUGCUUUCCAGAACUGAGCUCUGUAUUGCCCUUAAACAAGUGACAACUAAGGGAUUGGCUCUUCUGGAUAGAAUCUAGAAGGCGACCUGCAACUAUUUGUUGUUGUUGUUUAGUCAUUUAGUCGUGUCCGACUCUUCGUGACCCCACGGACCAGAGCAUGCCAGGCACUCCUGUCUUCCACUGCCUCCCACAGUUUGGUCAGACUCAUGUUGAUAGCUUCGAGAACACUUUCCAACCAUCUCGUCCUCUGUCGUCCCCUUCUCCUUGUGCCCUCCAUCUUUCCCAACAUCAGAGUCUUUUCCAGGGAGUCUUCUCUUCUCAUGAGGUGGCCAAAGUAUUGGAGCUUCAGCUUCAGGAUCUGUCCUUCCAGUGAGCACUCGGAGCUGAUUUCCUUAAGAAUGGAUAGGUUUGAUCUUCUUGCCGUCCACGGGACUCUCAAGAGUCUCCUCCAGCACCAUAAUUCAAAAGCAUCAAUUCUUUGGCGAUCAGCCUUCUUUAUGGUCCAGUUCUCACUUUCAUACAUCUCUACUGGGAAAACCAUAGCUUUAACUAUAUGGACCUUUGUCGGCAAGGUGAUGUCUCUGCUUUUCAAGAUGCUGUCUAGGUUUGUCAUUGCUUUUCUCCCAAGAAGCAGGUGUCUUUUAAUUUCGUGAUUGCUGUCACCAUCUGCAGUGAUCAUGGAACCCAAGAAAGUAAAAUCUCUCACUGCCUCCAUUUCUUCCCCUUCUAUUUGCCAGGAGCAUCCUGAUAACAGCAUUUUAGAGCUAGUUAUCUGACCAAACUCUUGCCAGUUUCAGGAAGCUGCUUUUCCAAGUAAUGCCCACCACAGUCUUUGAAGGCCACUAUAACAAGAUCCCAUACACAGACACACUUUGUAUCUGUGGUUAACCUGAGGUGGAAGACAUCAAUCAUUAUCUUUUAGCCUGCCCCUUUUUGCAGAGAUCCAAGAGAUCACUUUCUGAAACCUUUGUUCUCACUAGCAAGCAGGAAUGGUUUGGUUUUUCUUGACAAUAACAUAGAGAGCAUCCGGUAUGUAUGAGCUGCAAAAAUAAAAUCAGGACAAAUGAAACAGAUAAAAUUGUUAUAAGUUGUUUUGGUGAUUCUGGGGUUUAACCUGAAAUUAAACUAAAUUUAAGAUUCUUGGUUACUCUGGUAUCUUCUCUCUCAUACAUCAUGGAGGUUGGCUUUUAUUAUGGAUGUAUUUUGUUCUGGAUUAUUUUAUUAAUAUUACUGCUGCAAGUUUCUCAUGGCCUUUGGCUAGAACAAUAAACAAUAUGUGAUUAGUAUGCCUAAAAGUAUUUUCAACUAUGCUUAGCACUGACUUUAUUUACUGUCAUUUAUUCAUCUUAGAUUUUGAAGAUACUGAAACAUUUGUUCGAACCACUAGAAGCACAGCCCUUACAUUUAAUUCUAUAACACACAGUCCACAAAAUGUUCUUGGCACUAGCAGUACAGUGGUUUUCAUCAGCAAUGUCACAGAAACCAACAAUAAAAACAUGGGCAAAGUCAACCCUACCCAGAAUGUACUUGAAGUGACAAAAACACCCUGGAUUCCCACACCUACCCAUCAUUUCUCUACCACCAAAGAACAGGUAAGUUCAGCUCAUAGCUGGGAUUGGCGGUAGUUCUUCUGCAGAUACUUUGAGGAUAGAAUCCUUCAAGCUUCACAAAUUGUACCCAAUCUAAGGCGAGCAAAACUGACUGAGAUUUGCCAGAAACUUGAUCGUCACCCUCAUAAUGCUAAGAGAUAAAUCAUAAGGUGCGGAGGAGUUUGUGUGGAUAUGUGGUUCUAUUGUAUGCUUUAAAUUGCCAAGAAACAGCAACCUAUGACAAAACAGAAUGCCUCAAACACUAGGGGAUUGGACGGUGGUCCUCACCAUUGGCAAAUGAUUUAGCAAGUAGUGUCAUAUCUAUAUUGCAGCUUCUGGCACAGGCCGGUUGAGCUACUGUGUUAGAUAAUGGUGCAGACAAAAUUCAUAUUUCCUGGCUCAGGAAAGGCAAACAUUGCAGGCUCACAAGUUCUGUAGCUCACGGUCACAGAAGAACUUUAAGCCCUGCCUCCCUGUUCUUUCCCACCCCAUUCCUGCCUCAUAUCCCCUUCACUUAUCUUCAUUGCUGUUCCAGCAGAAGGGGAAGGGAGGAAGAUAUCUUGCCCCCUCCUUCCUUCUCUGAGGAUGCUUGGUAUGCUACUAUGGCAGCAUGCCAGGCAUUAAGGGAGGGAGAGGGAGAGAAAUCUUCCUUCUGUUGCUGCUACUGGAAGACCAGCAAAGACAUAGGGGACAGCAAUGGCUGCUAGCUGUUCCUCCCAAGCCCCGUAAAUGCCCCCCCUCUGUUGGAAGGCACAACUGUGUAUACCACAUGGCCUGCGCUGGAUCUCUUCAGCUAGCCUGCUUCCUCAAGUUCAGUGGAAGAAGACUAUCCCAUUGCCAGUGUGGAAGCACAGGUUCAGUUGCCGGUUUAGUCAGCUUCUGAACCAUGGAAUGGGGAGAAGGCACCAUCUUGAUCUUUGCCUCAGGUGGCAAAAUGCCUUGGAACAGGCCUGAGGAUGCUGUCUCCUUGUAGGUGUCCAAGUAUGAUUUAUUCGCCAGGUCUGUUGGUUGUUGUAUUUGGGAUGGAGGAUACUAUUCAUAAACUAGGAUAAACAAUAAACUAGGAAGUGGCUUGCAAACCCUAAAGAGGCAAUGGGAACCAAAAAGCAGUUUUUUCACUCAUUUUCUCAUAUUUUACAGUUGAAUUAUCCAACCAGUUUUUGGUUGCAUGGUUCAGAGUGGGGAACUAUGUGCCACACAAUAGAGACAACAGGUCUUGCUAUCCAUUUGCCAGCUCAGAAAAGACAUGUACCCUGAAUUGGGAAACAAGUCUGGGGAAGAAUUCACUCCUGUCCAAUCAGGGGUCAAAAGCUUCUUUAAGAAGGGUUGCAUAAGAAGGCUGAGUUAUUUGAGGCUAAAGGGUUAGAUGCUGUGGCUUGUGCAAAUUAUUGUUAAUUUGUUAAGGGUACAGGGGUAGGAGAUUUAUUUAUUUAAUGUUGAUUUAGGCUGAAUAAUUAUAUGCUGCCUUCUAGGUCACUUUCAAAAGACCAUUACACAAGAGGAAACUGUAGCUUCAUACACAGAGCAGGGGUCACCUUGGAGCUCACAGCAUGAAGCAACUCCACUGUGAUAAAAAGUUGCUUCAUUUGGGAUUUCUUAGGUUAGAGAAAAAGCAAGUAAGAGGUGACAUGAUAGGCAUUUACAAAGGUAUGUAUGCCACUAGAAUUUGUGGACAUCCAGAGAAGAGAAAUGUUGGAAGAUUCCUCUUCCAUUGAUGGCCUCAGCAGUGGUAUAUUUUUUGUUUGAUUCACAUAUGUAUCAAGGCAUGUUUCAGUAUGCAGCACAUCUUGAGUAUAUUUUUGAAAGGAGAUUCCUUUUUAUAUGGAUUCAUGGUGGGUUGCGUUGUUAAUUAUGCUUUACUUUGUUUUGCUUCUGACCACCCAUAUCCAUGUAUGUCAGUUGUUCAGGGAGGGACACAUCUGAGACACUGAAAACAUAGUGGACAGUGUUAAUAUGCUAAACAUUAUUGUGAAGAAAAAUAACAUUUAUUCAUUUACACAAUGAAAGGCUGGAUGCUGCUGUUUGACUGAGGUCAACUGAUUUUCAAGGCACGAUGGUGGUUGCUUGGUGAUGAUGGUUUUUAAAAUUGUUUACACAAGACCAACCUUGGGUUGGAAGUAAAUCUGCAGCUCGCACUUUCAGAACUAUGAGAAAAGCUAUGCAAAGCCCAUUUCCUCUUGAUAAAAAAGAGAGAGAGAUUUGUGUGUGUGUUUUAAAGCCAGGAAACCUUGAGAAAGGAUCUAAAGCAGACUGGAACCUACUACUGAUGAUAUGUUCAGUCACUCCCCACAGUUACUUCCAGCUCUUUCUUUUACUCUCUCUUCUUAAAACUUGGGUCAGCAGAAAUAGUAUUGUUGCACAUCUAUUCAGUAUCAGCUGUAAUAUUUAUUUGGCACUACCUACAUUUGUUGUCCCAUUACAAAUUAUGGUCAUGUUGCUCUACUAAGUGUUCAUAUGGUCCACUUGAACCUGUUUGUACUUCAUCGUGUUAAAAGAUAAUUAAAAGUGAGUUCUUCGGUGUUAUUUUAGACCUCACCUUAAUAUCGUCUGCAGUAAGAGGUAGACAUCAAACUCAACUCCACAGUGGUGCAGUAUUUAAGAUAUUAAAAGCUGCAAGAGCACUGUAUCUAUGUAAACCAAAAAGAUUGCCUUCCAUCCAUGCUGCCUUAAUUCUCCUGCAAACUUUAAAAUUUGUUUACAGAUUGUUUUAGUGAUAAAUAAUUCUAACUAAUUGUUAUUGGAAAAGAAAUGACAGAAUUCAUUUGUCUGUUCUUUUUCCAAAGGAUAGGCAAAUAUUCCUUGCAAAUAUGGAAAUUUGCUUGCUUUAAGUUAUAUAUAUUUCUUAAGGGCAAUUUAUUUGGGUCCAGGGUGGUAGUUGCCUCCAGGGCACAUGCUGAUCCAAGGAAAAGAAAAACUGAGACAAAUUGGCAGUUUUUCAGACUAAUGAUAUUCCUACAGCCAUGGAAUUGAGAUACCAUUGGACUUUUUGCGCUUGACACAACACUUGUUUUCAAGGUAGCAAGGCUAAAUUUCUAAGCUAUAUUGGCUGGAAUGUGUGAGAGAAAAAUAAUGGUUGUCUGUUGAUUACGGAUUUGUGCUUGCUAAGACAGAACAGAGGAAAUUUGCAUUUCCGGUAAAAGGGAGGAAAAGAGCUUGCCUACAGAGAAAAAAAUUAUAUCUCAGCUCUGAAAGGGCACUUAAGGUCUUGUUUGUACAGUCAAGAGAGUUUGGAAUAGUUGCUGAGGUGGUUGUUGUGGGGAGAGCCAUCUCUGCUCUUAGUUCAAGGGAGCCCAACGCCAGAUGGCAGCUCUGUGUUUGCAUGAGCCAUGUUCACCACAGGUAUCGGCCACGGUGUCCACGCAGCCAUUUUCCCUGGGCACAGCAACUGUGUUGAGGGAAACAUUACUACCCCUGGGUUCAUUUCCAUGACCCUGAUAACUUAGGGGUGCCAACUUGAAUAAAAAAAAUGGGGGAGCCUCAGAUAAGCCCCAUAACACCCGCACCAUUUGAAUGGCAAUGCCUAUCAACUUUUGGGGGGCAACCCCCUCAAAUAUUUGAUGGGGGUCAAAGGGUCCUUGGUCCCUAGGAGUUGCCUCCUGUGGUCUAACUUCGCUUCAGCCUUGGCUCUACCCACUCCACCUCACGACCCCAUGGCUGAAGCGAGUGAAAGCAAUGGCUGCCUCUUUUUGUGGUGGUGGUGGUGGUCCAAACAAGCUUUGGAUCCGGGAGUUGGGGGAAAUCCCCUGAGGGGAGAGGAGAGGAAGGCAAGCGACCACUGAGGGGCAAGUGUGAACUGAGGAGGUUUAGAGAGGACAUUCCAGGGGGAGGAGAAACGCCUGAAGGAAACCAUCUCCAGUGUCAGAAAUAGCCCUGGGAAAAGAAGGUCCGAGGCGAGCGAGGGGAGGAGGAGGAAGGAAGAGGAGCAGGGUGCGGCGGAGGAAGAGAGAAACGCGGAGAGGGCAUGAUGGAGAGGGAGAGCGCGCGCGCCAAGGCGCUGUGAGGAGAGGAGCAAAGGGAAAGGCGGCAAAGAGCUGCUGGCUGAGGCAGAGGGCUCUCUCUCUCUCGUGUGUGUGCCGCCUCGGACAUUGGCUCUGCGAGGGGCAGAGAGGAGCAAGCGGCCACCGAAGCGCCUGGCCAUGGUCGCGCGGAGAGAGCGGCGGGCAGCCGUCUCCCGCCGCGCCUUCCCACCGCGCCUGCCCGCCUUGGGCAGCGGCCCGUGCGCUCGGCCGGCGCGAAGGAAACUUCCUCGAGGAGCGUCGUGAGGGCCGGCCGGCCUGCCUGCCGAGGUCGAGCUGGCCAGCAGAGGGCGGCCGCGGGCUGCUACCCUCGGCUCCGCGGGCGGGCGGGCGGGCGGGCGAGCAGGGGAGGGAGCUGAGGAAGCCGCCGGCGGGGCCAAAGGCGCCUCCUCGCCCCCACCACCUGCAGGCUGCCUUGCAGAUCCAAGCGGAUGGCAAGGCUGAGAUGCGGAGCGGGAGUCUCCUUGUGGAUUCUCGCGCUGGCCCUUCUCAAGGUGGGUGGCAGCCACGCGCAAAGGAAGAGGAUGGGGAGGGAGGGGGGGGGGACUUGCAAGGCAGGAGCCGAAGCUGGAGACAAGCCGGGAUAGAGCAUGAGACUCUGAAUGUCGAGAUCCAAAAGAUUCAUGCAUUGCAGGGGGUUGGACUAGAUGACCCUCGGGGUCCCUUCUACGAUUCUCCCUCCUGGCAAACGCAGCCGGCCUCCUCCAGUGCUACCUGUCAGAUCAGCCUCUAACUUACCUUUGCUUUCAGCGCCAGCUUAUCAAACAGGAUCCCAUCCAGGAUGGCAGUUCUCUCCUGCGUUCUCUUCUCCCCCCAACCCCCACCCCACAUAAUGAUACUUCUCCAAGUUGGCUGCACAGAAGUUAACCACUACUGAUGCAGUUCUGGGUAUUCAAAAAGAGUUCAUCAUCUUGCACAUGAAUUACCAUCCUUUCACACCCAUGACCCGCACACACCUAUUCAAAGAGGAGAAUGGGCAAAGUGUGUUCUGCGACUGGGGUUUGUGUCUACAGGUGUUGGGUAUUCCAUGUACAGAGUGCAAGGCGUGUGUGUGUGUGAUUUUACAUGCAUACAUAUAUGGAAGUCAUUUCCAUCCAAACUGAGGGACUUGUUCCAUGUCAGUAUGUUUAAGAUUAAAGCGCAACAGUCUGAAAUUUAGAACGAUUGCCUCAGGUAACCAUAGAAGAAAUCAUUUGCUCUUGGAUGAGAUAAUCACUGUGUGCUGUUUCUGAUCCUUCUCCAGAGUGGUCUAGGAGCUCCAGUAAAAUGCACCAUCAACCAGACAGAGUGGAAGGUCUCCAGCCAGUCUGUCCAUCUCAGGUGGGACAGUUUGGGAUAUCCAUGUAACUUCAGCGUCACCUGCAACUCCCGCAAUGCCUUGUACAGGGUUUGCCAGCCCAUCCAGAAAGUCAACGGUUCCUAUGAAUGUGACUACAACGGCUUAGAAGCAGGGACUUGGUACCAUAUCAGGAUUGUCUCUCUGUCUGAUGGAGAAACCAGCAAUAUCACAUUGCAAACAGGUAUGGGUGACAGGUGCAGGUUUGACGAGCCCUUCGAGGGGAGUUUUGGCAUAGAGGGAAGAUCUGUCAUUGCCCUGUUGUCUCUGUGAUGCUCAACCUGAACUUGUGAAAUGGAGAUUAUGAAGGGAUAGCACAAGUCAUUCCAAACACUUUUCAAUAUAUUCCAAAUGUAGGUCAGUGGGUACAUUAUUAAUCCACACCCACCCACUUGCUAGAACUUUAUUCUAGUUCCUAAAAACAAUCUCUCUUAGUUAAGCUUAAUAACUGAUUUGACUUUCAAGGUGAGCAAUGAUCUGGAACUCAUUAAAAGAAGUGGCUUGAAAUCUAAAAAAGAAAAAGAAAUCCAAGCAUAUAUAUUGUACUUUACAACUGGGCUUAUAUUUUGAGUUUCUGUUUAUAUUAGUCAUGAUUUUUUAGUAAGCUCACUUUAGUAAUUUUGUCCCAAUUUAGGCUGCAAUCCUAUGCUCCCUUACCUGGAAGUAACCCAUUUUGCACUGCUGGGCAUCUUUCCUGCCUUUAGUUGUUUAGUGGCUGUAUACAGAUUUUACCUAGGAUAGUUGAGUGAUAUUUGAUGGUAACUAUCUAAGUGACUUUCUUUUCUCAAAUAAUGCAGUUAGAAUAACACUGAAAAAAUAUAGAUGGUGGUUCUUACAGGUACAUAGGUGAGAUUAGUCAUGAAUAGUCACUCAAAAGUAUGUCCACUCAAAAGUCACUCAAAAGUAAGUCCUGUUGAGUUAAGUGGGACUUACUCCCUAGUAAAUGUGGAACGCAGGAUUGCAGCUUUAAGAGUUAAAGAGAAAGUGAUUAUGAUAGCUUUCCAAGGAAACAUACUCGGUCCUAUAUAUAUUUAAAGGACCUGCAAAUGCUCUUAGUUUUUAACAUCAAUCAUCACAGAGCAUUUGCAAUAUUCUGUGAUAUGUUAUCAGAUGCAGUCCUAGAUGCACAGUUUUAAAGUGCAUUGUAGUUUGUAUUUGAAAUUGAUGGCAGCAGAAUAAUCCAAAGUGAUGAUUCUUAGUUAUUGUCUCAGGACACAUUUCCUUACCUACUUACACCUCAAACUAACAGAUACAUUAUUAAUGUAAUUUCACACAGCCCAGCAAAGCUUCCACUAUAAUGAUUAGGGUGUAGCUUGCAAUAUCAUAUUACUGAUAGGACAAGUUCUCAAGGUAGAAACAGACUACAGAGCAUUAUUUUCCACAGCAAGUGAAAUGUUAUGCAAAUAAAAACAUUUCGUAUUUGGUUUGUAAAUAUCAUUUGCAACAUAUAUCCAUGCUUUUUGGAAAUUGUGUACUGUAGAAAGGCAGUGGGUUGUAUUCGCCUUAGUCCUCAGAGCAGACCAAUGAAAUUGUUAAACCUAAGAUAGACAUGUCAUAUUAAAUAUAUAUAGCUAAGAAGUCUUCAUCCCCUUUAGAUACAGUAUAAUCAAUUGUGCAAUAUAAUCUGUUCCUGUGCACAAUACUCUAAAAUGCCUUUUCAACUUGGAUGUUUAAAAGAGUAAUAGUACAAUCCUAUACAUGUGUACUCAGAAACAUGUGCCAUUGUGUUCUAUGGGAUUUACUCCUAGGUACCCAUUACUUGGGAGUAAGCCCCCAUUGGACUCUGUAGGACUUACUUCUGAGUAGUCAAGCAUAAGAUUGCUCUGCAAAUGAAAUACUCCAAGACAUUAUUGUACUGCAGGACAUAACUUAAUAAAGUAAAAGCAUUUUUAUAUGAGAACAAGGUUCAUAUUUUUCAAAAUUUGAGAUAGAUAGACAUCCAGCUUCUCUGUAAGAGCACUAGCUUUUUGUCAAUACAUUAAUUUGAUUUGGCAACAAUAAAUUGAUGUGGAAGGUAAAAUACUGACUCCUCCUAUUGAAGCCACUUGCAAUACUUUGCUAGGAAGCAGGAUAGAAACUGAAAUAAUAAUAACUGGUUGCAAUUGGCUUCUUAUUUGGAAUCUUUACAAAAAGCACAACUUUUCAAAGUUUCAGCAUAAUUGAUUUCUUAUUUAAAUGUCAAAUUGUGUAGCUGGUGUUCGAUAAGAGUCCCGCAAAAAUGUCUUCUUAGAAAUAUCUUAUUUCUAUGAUAUAUCAGUAUUGGACAGCUGCCAGUCAAGAACUUUAUAACAAUGUAAAUGGUUUUUUAAGUGUUUGUUUCCAGCCAGGGCUUUUCAGGCCAGGCACUUCCCAAGCUCAUUGUUCCUUUGUUAUAACGGAUGUACAGAGGACUGAGUGUUUUGUGUUCUGGGCUAGAUAGAUUAGAUAAAGUCUGAAUUUCUGAACUUCGCCUUCUAGGCACGCAACCUUUUAAAAUUUGCUUUAGAAGUUGUAUCCCACCUCCACGUCUUUCCUCAUUUGUGUAAAUUUUUAAUUUAAGGGGCAACCCCAACUAGACUUAAGCACCCUGAGAAAGUUGUAUUUGCUUAAUUCUUCCGCAGAAAUCAAUGCAGGUCUUUAAAAGGGACUGGAUGACUUGAAGCAUUCUCCAUCCCACAGUUCAGGGCAGUAACAAUCUGGUAAAUACAUAAAACCCUACCAGGUGUUAAACCUCAGCCCUUAUACCAUCAUAUUCUUCUACUAUCCAAAAUCCAGAAACAUUUUUAGCACUUUGUAAAUCACAUAGGCAGAACCUUGAAUUUCCAUUAUCAGAGCACCAAUGGCACAUGCUUCUAAUGACCAACCUCUGUCAGAAGGCAGCUGCAGUGUUCAGUAUCAGCUGCAGCUUCCAAAAAACGCUAUCAAGGGCAGUAUUUUGUAGAGUAAAUUGCAGUAGUCUAGUCGUGAAGUUAUGAAAAAAUGAGUGAUGGCUGCUAGGUACAAAUCUGAGGGAAAAGGCAGUGUAACCAGGUGGAUUACAGAUGGCAUGAUACAGGAAUGGCCAGUUGGUAGCCUAGAUUGAUGAAGGCAGCACACCUGUCAGAUGAGAAGAUGGUUUGUUCUUGCAAGCCCCAGCCCAUGAGCUACUGAGAUGGAUAAUGGGGCAUCUACAUUAGAAGCAAUACACAAAUCUCUCCAGUGCUCAAGGCCACUGGCCAAAAGCAGUGUGGAAGUGAUCAACACACAGCUUCUGACCCUUAUAUUACUUCUGAGAAAGCAAAAUGCGAGAGUGUCCCUAUUGCCAUUGCAUAAUCAUCCCGUUAUUUUCCACGGUGGUGCUGUCUUUCUUGUGCUCCUUUUGACUGUGGCACCUAUUCUGGUAUGAAGGAGAGCAUUCUCUGAAGAUCACUCAGUCAUUUUUUUUGGGUGCCAUCCAGGUGAGAAGCAACAUGCCUACAUGGCAUGAUUGCCUUAGGGAUUUGUGCUACCACACCAAAAUCGAUGCAAGAGAAUUGUGAACCACUUCAACCUGGGCUGCCUUUGGCCCUGCUCCCAACAGAGGCUAGUGAGGCAGCAUUGUGCACUACUCUGUCAUCAUCACCUGUGUCGUCACCCACCAUGCCCCUCCCAUCUAAACUGUGAUCACUCUCAGUCAAAUAUCUCCCUCCUCCAUCCUUGUCCUCAGAGUGCUUGCUUUAGCCUUUUCCACUUUGAGGUAUCAUCAGUUCCUCUCCCGUUCUCCAAACACCACUUACAUGCUGAAGAGCUCCUUUCUGCUCUUUUCCUUGGCAUGUUGUUGACCUCAGCUCACCUUCCCAGUGACUGCUGUGGAGAACUUUUAUUUUCAUACUUGUUAAAGGAUUAAGUGAAUUUGUGUGCACUGCAUUAGGGUUUAUUACGUGUUUGUUUGUUUUCUGGAAUGCAGACCCCUUGCCACCUGCGAGAUUUGAAAUUAAAAAAGAAGGAAUUACAACCACAACCUUGCAGGUGUGGUGGAGCCCAUCCUUAGGAAAAGUAGACUGGUAUGAGCUGCAGUUACUUGAGAGUAACACCAACAAAGCCCAUGAGGUCCAAGUUCCUGGAGGCCUUUCAAGAAAUGAACAGACAUUUGCCAAUCUCACCCCUGGAAGCAGAUACACUAUAUCGAUCAGUGCAGCUGCUGGAAGUAAAAAGAGCCCUUCAACUAACACCAGUGGUUCUACUGGUAAGAUAUCUUUCUUUGACUAAUCCUACAAUAAUAUUGGAUGCGGGUGGCGCUGGGUGUUAAACUACAGAGCCUAGGACUUGCUGAUCAGAAGGCUGGCAGUUUGAAUCCCCGUGGCGGGGUGAGCUCCUGUUGCUCGGUCCCUGCUCCUGCCCACCUAGCAGUUCGAAAGCACGUCAAAGUGCAAGUAGAUAAAUAGGUACCGCUCCUGCAGGAAGGUAAACGGCAUUUCCGUGCGCUGCUCUGGUUCGCCAGAAGCGGCUUAGUCAUGCUGGCCACAUGACCUGGAAGCUGUACCCCGGCUCCCUCGGCCAAUAAAGUGAGAUGAGCGCCGCAACCCCAGAGUCGGUCACGACUGGACCUAAUGGUCAGGGGUCUCUUUACCUUUACCUUUACAAUAAUAUUAUUCCACUUGCAUUUCUCAUAUCCCUUAAAAGGCUAUGGGGAAAACAUAGUAUCAAACAAGAAAUAAGCAUUAAAAAGAUGACAACGGGUUAGUUACUGAAAAUCAGCCAAGUGAUAUCCAUAAUCCCAUCUAGCCAUUUAAACAGGUAUUGCAUCAGAGUAGCAUUAGGAUGGCUUUCUGUUUUAAUUGCAGCCAUUUUGAUUUCUCUUCUAAGCAUAAAUAAAUAUUUUGAGUGAAACAUAACAGACUUUGUUUUGUAAAAUAUGCAGUAUAUUUUAAGGACAUUUGUGUUGCAAAUCCUAAAUAUUUUAACAGCCGUACAAUUUUGUUUGUAUAUAAACCAUUUUUCUCCCUCCCCACUCCUUCUCUCUUAACAGCACCUUCUCCAGUAGAAAAUAUCCAGGUCUUAGUCAAGGCUGAAACAAUCCAUGUUUCGUGGUUGCCAGGUGCUGGGCAUGUGGAUCAAUACGGGCUGGUUUUGCUGGAUAAAGAUGGUCCAGUUCAACAAACGGAUCUAGAGAAACACUAUUUGGCAUACAAUUUUUCAGGACUAACACCAGGACGUCUGUAUAAUCUCACUGUCAUUUCCAAAGCUGCAGGUCUGGAGAACUACAAUUUUAGACUAAUUAGGACUGGUAAGGUUUUACAGAUCUUUCCUUGAAUAAGAGAACAGAGUGUGAGGAUAAAACUACCAAUACAUUUUUCAAUAGAAAUCUAACAACUUGGCCUCCUGCGAGGAUCGCAGUCGACAUUUGAAAGAUUUGUUCAUAUAAAUGUCCCUAUAGAUUGACUUCAGAGCAUGAAAUUGUAAGGAGUGCCUGCAGAUUUUUUUGGGAAAUGUGAAGGCUGCAGUCUCAAGUUGCUUGAGAUCUUUAGAUUUGUGUAAUUCAGAGUCUCGUGUGUAAAUCUGAGUGCAUAAGAGUAACCAGCAUAUAUGGGUUGUCCCUCUCGCAUCAGUAAUGGAAGUAGCUCCAAGCAUUCCCCUUGGAGUAAUCCAAGGAGCACACAUCAGAGAUCCAACCCACAGCAGCCAAUUAUGGAUCAGAGCAACUGAAUAUAAUAAAGUCAGCAGUUGGCACAUUUUAGGUAUUUCUGAACAUUCGCUUUAUUCAUUUAGACUCUGAAUUAAGGUAACUCUAUUCAUCAUUUAUAUUUUAGACUUUCUGUGCAUUGACCGUUUCACUUGGAUGUUUUGUGUAAGCACUGUUGCCUUAAAGAAAAUAUUAGAUAGUAGUCAAAAAGCCAGGUUCAAAAGCAGUUAAAUAUGGUUGCUCAAAAUUCUGUGGCUUUCCCGAUGGUGUUGCAUUGCAGUUCCCAUUAACUCUGAAUCUUGGCCAUGCUGAUUGAAGCUAAUGGGAAUUAGAGUCCCAAAACCACUGGAGUCCCCAAACCACAUGUUGUCCAUCCCUGCUGUAGACUCAGUGACACCAUAUUGAACCUGGGGCCAUCUGUGUUCAAAGCAGAUGCUCUAGCACUGUGGUAGGGCCAUUUCGCAAAAUGUCCUUUGUCAGAGCGACAAAGAAUUCUAAUUAAACUGUAAACCACCCUUUGAUCCUUGGAUGAAGGGAGGUAUGUUAGCAAUCUUAUGCCAUUAUAAGCUGUAUAGCUCAGUUGGUUAGAAUUUGGUACUAAUAAUGCCAAGGUUGCAAGUUCGAUCCUCAUAAGGGACAGCUACAUAUUCCUGUGUUGCAGGAGUUUGGACUAGAUGAUCCUUAGGACCCCUUCCAACUCUAUGGAUUCUCUGUAAUUGGGGAUUUUCUCUAAGACAGAAUGUUGAAGUCAAAUCACCUAAUGUCACGUAAUACAUGGUGGUUGAUAGUCUGUGGGGUUGGGAAAUUUGGGACCCAGCUCAAUGGCUGAAUCUGGUUCCCACCCCUGGUUACACAGAGAAGAUAAACCCUGCCAAACCCAUUUAAUCGUGCAAUUUCCAAGGCUGAUUGCUAGAUGGCAGCCACUAUUUUUCCUCUUCACUGCUACUAUUUUCCUCACUUCUGUCCUUCCACAAGUGUUCCUAGACAAAUAGGGAUUGUGUACUAGAUGUGAUGAUGUUACAGUCAGAUUUGGCUGUCAGAUUUGGCUAUUUGCUGAUUUCACUAAGGAGAAAUUAAGCCCAUUUAGUGAAGGCAUUGCUGCCUCUAAAGGUCACCCAUGUCAACACCAUUGCAGCCCUUUAUGAAUGAUUUGUGAAUAAUCACUUAAAAGGGUAUCAUUUCCCAAAUUUUGAGAAACAUUUUUGUACUCAGCCAUAGUAUCUAUUACUGUUCUGUGCAGUAUCCUAGUUUCCAGUAUUACAUACAGUUCUGAAGUCUACACAGCUGAUAAAUUUCUUACUCUUUUUUUAAAAAAAAAUAGUUCCAGCCAAAGUUUUAGAUUUGGUGGUGACUAAUGACGGCAGCUUGGAUACCCUAAAAGUGACGUGGAAGGGGCCUCCAGGAAACCUUGAUUUCUACAAUGUCACCUUGUUUCAUCUUGGAUCUGUUAAAGAAAGGAAGUCUUUAGAGUCACAUGUCACAGGGACAUACUUCAACAAACUAGUACCGGGACGUCUUUAUCAAGUUGAUGUCAACACAGUCAGUGGUGAAUUGUUCACUGAAGCGACAGCAUAUGGCAGGACAGGUACGUUUCUACAAUUUUCUAAUCAGAAACACUUUCACGUUUUCCACCUAUUACCUUCCAUACAGGAGAUAUUAUGGGGAAAGACAAGAUUUUGGUUUCAGUAGAAUACAAAAACAUGGUACCCACUUGCAGUUCUUUCUACUGACCGGUCUAACUGCAGCAGCCUUCUUUUUGCAAAUCCGUGUUAUAUCCUCUGAAGGAAGAUCAGGACAGAUCUUGAUAUUAUCUCAGAAAGCACAUGGUCCUCUGGCCUGCAUUUGAUGAGACAGUCUGGACUGUGGGGUUGGGUACUUGCAGGACAGAACUGCUGUCAAGAGGGAUGCUUAAAUGUGCCCCACACCCAACAGUUCACUGUUCAGAUACCCUACCUAUCAGCCAUUCUUCAUCCCACUCUGGUCACUUCUAGUUUCAGAGUCUAGCUGGAUAAAAAAAGCAUUCCCAUCCACCUACCAUUUCUCCCUUACAAUUGUCCUCCAUUGCUGGCCUGAUACAGGAAACAGAACCAUAUACUGUUCUUUCAUUGGGCAUUGAAAAGUAAUGUUAAAUUCAUGCUUCCAGUAUUGCCUAGUCAUUUUGAGAACAAAUAUGGGAAGCUGUUGACUAGAAGGUUGUUAACUGAAGUACACUUGUGAACCAAUGACCUCUUCCAUGAUAGAACACAGUCUUCUGUUUCAAGUUGUUGAAAUUAUAUGUUUCAGUUCCCCAGAAAGUUUCAGAGCUGAAAGCCGACAGCAUGGGCUCGUUAAGAGCUCUGAAAGUGAACUGGUUGCCCCCUACUGGAGACUGGGAGAAGUACUGUAUUGUGCUGUUUGACCAUGCUACGGUGCUGCUGAAUACUACAGUGGAGAAAGACCAAAGGGAAUAUAUUAUCACUGGUUUAGGGCUUAUUCCAGGAAGACAGUAUGAGGUGGAAGUUACUGUUGUAAGUGGAGGCUUGAAGAACACAGCACGCUGCAAAGGCAGAACAGGUAAGCAAACUUUUUUUAUCGUAGUCAGAAAGAAACUCUGAAAACUGACAGAGAGAUUGCUUGCGGGUGAUUAGAUGUAGUCUAUUAUGGGAUGCAUUUGCCUUCGCAAAAUGCUUAUGUGUGGAUUUAUAAUGCUAUUCUAACGUUGGCUGUGUUUGCAUGAGCAGAUUCAAUGAGCAUUAAGUGUAUCUGUAGAGAUCAUCACGAGAAGGUGGUUUAAACAUUUUAUUUUUAUUUUCACUGUCCUUAUUGCGAUAGGUAUAGUUUUUCACGUUUAUAAUAAGCAGCCUAUUGUUUACUCAGACUGAAAUCUUUUGCAUUAGCUGUUAUGUGACAUCUUUUAAGUGGAUGUCAUGUAACUGCCAUGGCUUCUCUCAAAUAAUUAUGGUUUGUUAAGGGUGCUAAGAGCUCUUAAAGGUAAAGGUAAAGGGACCCCUGACCAUUAGGUCCAGUCGUGGUCGACUCUGGGGUUGCGGUGCAAAUCUCGCUUUAUUGGCCCAGGGAGCCGGCGUACAGCUUCCGGGUCAUGUGGCCAGCAUGACUAAGCUGCUUCUGGCGAACCAGAGCAACACACAGAAACAGCGUCUACCUUCCCGCGGGAGCGGUACCUAUUUAUCUACUUGCACUUUGACAUGCUUUCGAACUGCUAGGUUGGCAGGAGCAGGGACCGUGCAACAGGAGCUCACCCCGUCGCAGGGAUUUGAACCGCCGACUUUCUGAUCAGCAAGUCCUAGGCUCUGUGGUUUAACCCACAGCGCCACCCAUGUCCCUAGAAUGCCCUUAUUCCCCUCACUGAGCUACAGUUCCCAAAUUUUCCUGGGGAGAUGCAUUGAUCGCUAAACCACACUGGGAAUUAUAACACUGCCAGGGGAAUAGGGUGUCUCCUUACAACUCUCAGCAACUAAACAAGCUACAGUUCCCAGGAUUCUUUGGGGGAAGCAGUGACUGUUUAAAGAGGUAUGACACUGCUUAAAAUGUAUGGGAUAUACGGUAUGUGGCCUGAAUAAACAAAAGGCCAUAUUUCAAGUAAUAAUAAUAAUCUUUAUUAUGGUCCAACAACCCAUAACAUAGAUAAAGAAUAAAAUACAGACUCAUAUAGACAACCCCCCAGGGAAGGGAGACUGAAGCAUUAUUUGUUUAGUCAUGGGUAUGUUGAUCUUUGAUUCAUAUGACUACUGAAAGAAACUUUGCCAAGUUGGUUUUGGUUUCUUGCUCUUGGGCUUGCUGAUUGGAAGGCUGGCGGUUCGAAUCCGCGCAACGGAGUGAGCUCCCAUUGCUCUGCCAACCUAGUACAGUGGACCAAAUGCUUAAUUCAUUCCGGGGGUCCUUACGUACCCUGAAAAGUCUGCAACAUGAGGUGCCACUUCUGUGCAUGCGUGCAGCACGAUAGAGUGCUUCUGUGCAUGCACGUGGCGUGCAGAGCGGUUCUGUGCAUGCGCGCAGGGCAAAACCCGGAAGUAUACACUUCCGGGUUUGCUGCGUUCGCAACCCGAAAGUUACGUUACCCAAGGGUCCACUGUAGUUCAAAAGCACACCAGUGCAAGUAGAUAAAUAGGUAUCACUGUGGCGGGAAAGUAAACGGCGUUUCCAUGCACUCUGGCUUCUGUCAUGGUCCUCUGUGCACCAGUAGCGGUUUAGUCAUGCUGGCCACAUGACCUGGAAAACUCUGGAUAAACGCCGGCUCCCUUUGCCUGGAAAGCAAGUUGAGUGCCGUACCCCAUAGUAGCCUUUGACUGGACUUAACCAUCCAGGGGCCCUUUACAUUUUACAUUUUACCUACCACUCACAGGCAACCUGUGUCUUUCCACCUCCCUAGAUGCAGCGCCCCAAGUCUCACACAACCGCUGCUGCUGCUGUAAAGCACUGUUCUUGACAGAGGGGAAAUGGCUAGUAGGUCCAUGGUCUGUGGUUUGAUUGCACAACUGCAGGAAUGCCUACCUGCUGGAUACUUUUCCAAUGGCAGCAGUCUCUGGCAAUGGCAGUGGUGGCAGGCGUGAGAGGCUUCAAUUAUAAGAAAAAGCAUUGUUAUAAGGAAAAGUGGAAUGGGCACUGCACAGGCAAGAACAGAGCAAGCUGUCUGCAGCUGGUUUACUGGGAGGGACCAGAUUAUUGGGGUCACAAUGGGAGGAAGGCGGGCGGGCUGGGCUGGGGUGUGUGGCAAGCGGACCCUAUGUGUCUACAUCAGUUCCUGUGAAUUGAUUUGACAGAAACAGAGAGAACAAAUAGGUGCUGAAUGAUGAGAACCUCCCCUAAACUGCCACAUUGUUGGCAUUGUAUAAAAGUCAAACAGAAGAAGUAUUAAUAGUAUAUACAUUUAUGCUUGCCUGCUGUGCGGUCAUUAUUAUUAAUAUUAAUGAACUGAAAACUGGUUUUCUUACCAUUUUGACAAGAAACUGCACUGCAUAAAAAAGCCUUGGAGACUAACCAUAACUGGCCCAUUAAAUGGAAUUUGCCUCCUCCUGAAAUAAGCUAUUGCUGUGUGCAGCAAGCCAAGUAUUCAAAAUUUACAAAAAGGAAGGGAGUAGCCUGGAAAACAAUAGAUAGAAGGGUGUAUAAGAAAUCUGGGUGGGAAACUGUGCCUUAUCUUACACCUCGUGUUGAUUAUUUUUCCUGCUACACCCUCCCUUUUGAUUCUUUAGACGUUGCACGCUUUUUGACUCUUUGACACCAUAUUUUUUUCAUAACCACAGAAUGCCAGAUUAUUGUGGAUUGUAGGAAUGCGCUAUUCAUAGUCAUUUUGUGAUCUUGCAAAGUUCAACAAGCAUCCUUUUGAUGUCAUUCUGAAGCAAAUCCUUUUAACUUAGUGGAGGGAAACUGCUAUUAGGUAACAAUAACGUUCCCAUUUAGAGACAAUACUUAUGGUGUCUCGUGUCUGUUUUAGUCAUUCCACAUAGGAGAUGAAUAAAAUGGUGUUACUAAAUAGAGCUAUAAGAUUAGGCUCUUGAGUUCAAGUCUCAGUUGAUAAAAAGUGUUCUGUGCUGUUUUAAGAAACUGAAGCCAAUUAGAUGCAGAUGCCGAAUCCUGCAUCUCACAGAAACUCCCAGACAUUUCUGUAAAUCACUGGAUCAUACCUUUUGAUUUGUUCAGUUUAGUUUAGUUUAAAAUCUGAUUUCAUACAGAUUGUGAAUUUUCAUGAGUGAACACUCCAUUUGUUGAAUAGCUGAACAAAUGUUCCUCCCACACACAUUGUACUCUGUUUAAAGCCUUUCAUAAAUUAGGAGCUACGUUGUUAAAUCCUAAUAGCAUAGCUAAAUAGCAGAUGGAGCUUAAUUGUCAUCUUUGAUACUUAACACACGCGUUUUCAUUUAAUAGCAAGAGAAUAAAGCCUGUUCGAAUAGUAACUUGCAGACAGAAAACCAAAAGAAACACAAAAAGUAAAGGUACCCACACUGGCCCAUAAAAAAAUUUCCAAAAUCCGCAUUACGGCAGUCACUUUCAUCAGUCCUGCCAAAAAGUCACAAAAUAGCAUGCAAGCUUUUGAGUUCUCCAUAACUCUUCAUGAAGCUAGAUGAUAAAUGAAGCCAGGCUUUCUAACCUUCUGGAGAACUCAAGUGCUUGCACACUGUGAUAUUUGGGUUCACCUAACAAAGGUAUUGGGACGCGGGUGGCGCUGUGGGUUAAACCACAGAGUCUAGGACGUGCCGAUCAGAAGGUUGGCAGUUCGAAUCCCCGCGACGGGGUGAGCUCCCAUUGCUCGGUCCCAGCUCCUGCAGUUUGAAAGCACGUCAAAGUGCAAGUAGAUAAAUAGGUACCGCUCCGGCAGGAAGGUAAACAGCGUUUCCGUGCGCUGCUCUGGUUUCGCCAGAAGCGGCUUAGUCAUGCUGGCCACAUGACCCGGAAGCUGUAUGCCGUCUCCCUCGGCCAAUAAAGCGAGAUGAGCACCGCAACCCCAGAGUCAGUCAUGACUGGACCUAAUGGUCAGGGGCCCCUUUACCUUUAAUAAAGGUAUUGUGCUUUAAAAAGGAAAGGAAAGCUCCUUAAAAAAGCAACUUGCUAAUCUGCAAAUAGUAAACUACGCAGGUUUUGAAAGCUGUGAGCUGAAGCAUGGUUAUGAUGGCGUGUUUCUCACUGGGGAAGGGCCAUAACUCUGUGGUAGAUCAUAUCAUAGAAUUGGAAGGGAUCCCAAUGAUCAUCUAGUCCAACCCCUGGCAGUGCCAGAAUGAGGAAUUGCAUGCAGAAGUCUCAUCCCACUCCCAGCCUCAGUUUUUGGCAUCCCCUGUUGAAAAGGAUCAGGUUGCAAGUAAUUUAAAAGACUUAUUUUUGAGAGCUAUUACCUGUCAGAAUAGCUAUUACUGGGCUUAAUAAACAUAUGGCUGUUUCCUAUAUUCAUUUGGCUAGGAUGUGGGGGUUGCUUGAAAUUGCUUCUGCAUGGCUGCUUUUUCUCUUCUGACUUAUGGAUGAGGCCCAUCUGUGUAGCUUUCCUGAAAGUUUUUGCUAGGCAUGUCUGGCGGUGCUGUGGGGCAGCUCCCACCCUACAGAAGCAGUGAGAAUUGGUGCCCAUCUCAUGUUGAUAUUAUGAGUCGCAAACCCUGUGCUUAAGAUGUUAUUUUAUUCUCUGGUUAAUUGUGCUGUUUUGAAUGUGCAUUUUAUAACAGACUUCCUUUAGCAAUUUUUUUUUUUUUUUGAAAUGCUCAGUGUUUUUGUUUGUUAACUUUGCUGCACUAAAUGUAGUUGGCCUCCUUUGUAAUGAUUUGUUUUGGAAUCUUUAAGAUAAUCUUUUAGUUUAGUUAAUUAUGUUGCUUCGAAUGUACGCUUUAUAUUUGACUUUCUUCAGUAAUUUUUUAUUUUGGAUUUUUUUUAUUUAUUUGAUGUUUCCAUGCGUUGUAAACUGCUUUGAGAUUUUUUUAUUAAAAAUAUAAAGCGGAAUGGAAAUGUAAAUAAUAAUAAUAAUAAUAAUAAUAAUAAUUAAUAAAAUAACCUUUAGAGGAAACACAUCAAGCUGAGUAGAAUACAGAUAGUAUCACAGCUGCUUUAAUCAAUGUCUGUUUACUAACUAAUGUUACCAACUGUCAUCAGUUUGUUGGGACAUAUGUAACGAUUAGUCACCUUUAAUCCAUUGUAUAUAUUUUCCUGUAACAGAAAUCGUAACUACUACGGUUCAGCCCAUUGUUUGCAGUCAAGUUCAGCAUUGAGCAUUAGCAUGAUGGCUGAAAUGUGUAAUGGUAUUAAUAUUUUGUCGGGCGGAUCCCUCCAGCCUUACUGUUUAGUGUUGUGAAAUCCCCUCUUGCUGUGGCUCAUCUGGUGUUAAGUAUUCCUCUCUCUCUCCCUCCCCCCCUUACCCCCUGUUUCUCUUUCCCACAGCUCCACAGCCAGUUCUCCAGCUCCGUGUAAAGCACGCCAAUGAAUCCUCUCUCACCAUCAUGUGGGUGACGCCUCUGGCUGAGUGGGAUAGUUAUGUGGUUUCACUGGGAGACAGAAGCCUCACGGUCAUAAACAAGGCUCUUGCAAAAGAAGCCAAAGAAUUCACUUACACAGACCUGUUACCUGGACGGAAGUACACGGCUACAGUCACCAGCAUAAGUGGGGAUCUGAGCAAUAGGACUUCUGUUGUGGGACGCACAGGUACCAUACGGUUGGCAUAAUGUUUCUUCGAGCUUUCCUUAAACAGCAAGCAUCAUGUAUUGCUUUCCGGGAACUUGAGAUCCCUGCAUAGAUGAGGAAUGAGCCCUGGGGUCCCUUUCAACUCUACAGUUCUAUGAUUCUAUGCCUUUUAAAAAGUAGGGGAUGUGUACACUUAAAACUAUUGUGAAUGAAAUUGUGGUGCUUUAAUCAAUAUACAUAGCUGUAUUGUUGCAGCUGUUAGAGUUGUUGGGUUUGUUUAGGAUAAAUAAUCUUUUAUCUGUUCACUGACCACGAUUCUGGCCUUGAAUUGCAGUUCCGGCACAAGUGACAAGUUUAAAUGUGGCAAACCAAGGAACAAGCAACAGCCUAUUCACCAGCUGGAUAAAGGCCCAAGGAGAUGUGGAUUCUUACCAAGUGUUACUCAUUCAUGAAAACGUUGUCAUAAAAAACGAAAGUGUUCCUAGCGACACCAACAAAUACCACUUCCAGUCUCUAAAACCUGGAGGGCUCUACUCAGUGGUUGUCACCACGGUUAGUGGAGGAGUAUCUUCAAGACAAGCCAUCGCAGAAGGGAGAACAGGUAAAGGGGAAUAAAUGAAAGCUUUGUUGAGAUAGAAAAAUGUGAAAAUCACAGGCAGUGUUCUAUUUUCCAUCCCACGAAAAUAUAUCACUCAGUGCUUCAGCUUUCCUCCAUGUGCAGCCGUGUUUCACUGUUGUUUCAUAGUUCAAUUCAGCAAAAGGGUCUGUGUGCUUUGUAUAUUGUGCUUUAUCCACACUUGCACAGCAUCAUGGGUUCUCUAGUCUUGAGCUUCUCAGUUCCAGCCAUAUAUGCAUUUUUGUGUGUAAAUGACUAUAGUUCAAAGACCUUCUGUAUCAUCACUAAAAUGCAGGUAUCGCAAGAAUGUGUCAUGGCUGACCGUUAAUAUGACGAUGAUUUUUAAAACAUAGCUGAUAAAAAACUGAAUUUUUUAAAAAUGACAGACACAUUUUUUUUUUAACUAAAGGUUUGUCAGUAGCAGAACUGAAGCAUUUAGGAGUGGAGUUUAUUUGUUGAGUGUUUUGUAUAUGUUGGGAAUAUGUCCCAUUGGGAUUUGGCCAUAUAUAUAUAUAUUACUUCUGGUAAUUCUUGGGACAACUAAAUGCAUCUAGCUUAGCUCUGCAGCCAAGGUGGGGCAAAAUGCUGCUUCUUGCCCUCCCAGAUUUUUUAUUUAUUUUUUAAUUAUAACAUGACAGUCUCCAAUUAAAGAAUGACAGAGAACAGGACAACAAAGCCUUGAAGAGCCUCCCCACCCCGUCCUGACUGAAGACUUUCCCUGACUGAGUGUGGAUUUUUCAUGAUCACAGUCACCCUAUAAGAAAUGACCCUGAGAACAACAGCGUAUAUAAUAACAUGAACAUUGAAGUGUUAAAUGUUAGGCCUUUGGAGUUAAACUCCACCCCUUGGACUUCCCUUUGUUCUGCUUUUCAGUUUCAGCUGUUUAAAGACAGCGAUAAAGCACGUUUGUUUGCCUGCUGUAAGAAUUAAAGAGUUUCUUUCUUCUGCAGUUAUUAUGAUGCGUAGAACAGCAUUGGGUGUCAAUAGAUAAAGGGUGAAAUAACGAGAGAUCUUAAAGUGACCUGGGGGGGGGGGAAUUAUCCUUUUAAAGCACUCACUAUACUCGCAAUCAUAGAAGCUUUUUUCUUGAGGUUUAAUGGGAAAUAAUGAAAACAGUCCUAGAAGAAGAGAAACUGUGAUGUGCCCAAUACAGUUAACUGGCUGGCCACCUAGGCUGUAACUCAGGCCUAAUUUCCGAUUUUUCCAAUGUAUGCAACUCAGCAUGAGACCUUUUCAGAGUUUCUGGGCAAAUAAGUCCACCCAGCAACCAGUUUUUUAAAAAAUCCAAAUGCUUUCCACAAUUAGUUUCCAGUUGCUUAGUUUGUUCCUUUGUAUAGCACCCAGUUUAUUUCAUGUUUAUCAAGCAUUUUUAUAAGUUUCUGAAAGGAAGCCUAUUAUGCAGCAAAUACUGCACAAAGUUAAGGACUCGGUCUCAUUGACUUCAACAAGGAAAAGAUAUGCAUAUUAUUUUCAUCACUCUUUAAAUAUUUGCCUGUGAUGGCAUUGUAACAUACUCUGUUUCUAAAGUUGUUGUUUUUUAAUUGCUGAUGUGAUACAAAAUUAGAACUGAAUUUUCAAGAAAACAAAUGCCACACUAGUUUUUUAAAAAUUUCUUUGUUAUAGCAUAAACUAUUUUGUUUGCUUUAACACGUUUUGGUAUCCACUUGUUGUCCUAACAAGAAAGGGUGGCUACAGGGCUGACCUGCAUAAACUUUGUUUCACCUCUUAGAAAAUUAUUCAUAAUUCUUUCCACUAGAGGGCGGGAAACUCUCAAUAUUUCUAUGUAAUUCUUAGAAUUAUCUGCUGUGAUGCUUUUACCAGUUUUAAUGUACAGCAGCUCUUGUGAAAUUAGUAAGUUGUGUUACUCCAGGUGCUUGCUGUAUUUCUUUGGUUGAGUUUGGCAUUCUUCUGGGUCUUUUUCCCCCUCUUCAAAAUUGUAACUAAAAUUCCAGGGACUUUGAUGUUUCGAUUAUGUUCUGUGACUUAUCUGCAUAUUGCUCUUAAGAAUUUGCUGACUCAGUGUACAGCACUUAUACCAUGUGUGCAUGCAAACUGUUUAUUUCUCACAUAUGAGCGGUGGUUUUAAAAGUUAUAAAAGUAUUAUAUUAGCCUUUAUCAUAGCCACCUGCAGGAAAUAUGUACAGUGGUACCUCGGUUUACGAACUUACCGGUAAUCCGUUCCAGAAGUCCGUUCUUAAACUGAAACCAUUCUUAAACCGAGGCGCACUUUCCCUAAUGAGGCCUCCCACCGGCGGUGCCCUUCCACUGUUCGGCUUCCGUUCUUAGACCGAGGUAAAGUUCACAAACCAAGAGUUCAUAAACCAAAUAGUUAAUAAACAGGGCUGCUCUUAAAUCGAGGUACCACUGUAUUCCACUGUAUUAGGUUUCGGUCCACUAUAAGAAAAAAAUUAUGUUAUAUACAGCAUGAGGCAUUUCUCUAAAUACAUUGAAAACACAUGUUUGUUUUAAUGCUUUGUUGUACAGUUCCUUCCAGUGUAAGCGGAGUAACAGUGAACAAUUCAGGGCGGAGCGAUUACCUCAGUAUUUCCUGGCUGCCAGCUGUUGGAGAUGUAGACAGCUAUUUGGUAACACUCUCUCAUAAAGGGCAGACUGUUCAUACUGUCACCAUUGCAAAAUCUGCCAAUGAAUGUUCCUUCAACACCCUCACUCCUGGGCGACUCUAUGAUGUGGCAAUAACUACAAAGAGCGGAAAAUAUGAAAAGCAAUCCUUCAGUCAGGAAAGAACAGGUAAAAAGGUGAAGGAAAGAGGUAUACGAUAUACUCGCAGUCGCAGAGAAACCAUGGCACUGUUCCUAGGCAUAUAUAUUUUUAUUUAUACAACUGCAGGGAGCAUGGGGUAAAUUGGAAAAGAGGGAAAUGAUGAUAUGACAACGGAGGAACAAUGUCGGCUGUAGAUGUUGGUCCCCCUAAUCUUAAAAGCAACAUGUCAAAUUAUUUCAAACGACUUCUUCAUAAGAAUGUUUAAUUAUAUUCUAGGGAAAGUUUACAAAAGGGGGGGGAUAGACAGUCAAAGCUUAAAAAUAUUUGCAUGCACAUUUUCCAGUGAAAUGCAUUUUAUACCUAGGACAAGGACAUGAACAGUACAAUCCUAUGCAUGUCUACUGGGAAGUAAGCCCCACUGAGUCACACCUCAAUUGCAGUCUCAGGUGUCUAUUUCUCCUGAAAUCUACUUGCAAAAGAUCUGUUGUUAAAGGUCAUUUAUAUCUCAGGAAACCUGAGACUGAGAGAGAAUCCGUGGCAGAGGUAGUUUGUCUCUUUGCUCAGAUUUCACAUGUCCGAAUAAACAAGGGUGGGGAACCUUUUGUCCUUCAGAUGUUACUCAGCCACAGUUCCCAUCAGCUGCAGCAAGCAUGGCCCAGUGGUCAGGGAUGAUGAGCAUUGUAGUUCAGUAACAUGUGGAGGGCCAAAGUUUGCCACCCCUGAAAUAAAACAUGCCUACCUUAGUCCAGGUAAGAUGACCUGGGCAUAUAUCACUUGCCAGAUCGGGAUUCAGGAAUUGUAGACAAAAAAUGUUAAUGUUGUCGUCUUACUUUCAGUUGAAUCUGGAUGGGGUCUGAACUUACAUCUCCAUCCACAUUUUGGCCCAUCUAGUCACAUUAACUAUGCAUGACAACAGCUGGAUCUGGCUGGGCUUCAUUGUCUUCUCUCCACUCGCAACACACACACACACACACACACUCCAAAUUCCUUUCUCUAAUUAGCCUCAGUCUGCAUUGCACGUUUAUUAUUUCUGAAAUCAGGACACAUUGGAGUGUGUUCUAUCUUUUCAGUGCCAUCAAGCGUCCAGGGACUUACAGUGAGCAAUUCUGCAAGAAGUGACUAUUUAAAGGUGUCUUGGCAACACGCCACAGGAGACUAUGAUAAUUAUGAAGUGAUCAUCAAGCACAACAAUGACUUCAUCCAAACAAAAACCGUCCCCAAGGAUAAAAAUGAAAGUGUGUUCACUAACUUGGUUCCAGGAAGACUUUAUAGUGUCACGGUCAGCACAAAGAGUGGAAAAUAUGAGACUAGUGAAAGGGCCAGUGGAAGGACAGGUAAAUAAAUGCUCCAGGUGGACAAUAAUAAUAUUUUCUCAAUGUUGAAAAUGUCCAAUUUAAUUGUUAAAUAUCCAGCGUUCUAGUUUUUGCAAAUUUCUUCAGUGAGGGGUCUUCAAAAUAUGUUUUUCGGGGUGGGGAAUUCAAAUCUGCUAUUAUUUUUGUAAGUGGACAACAUUUAGCUUGGUAAGUCUAUGUUGACUGAGAAACAAAGAAGCUGUUUUCAGAAAACUGAAGAAUUUUUAAUUUUACUUUCUGAAAAUGUCAGGUAACGUAAAAUAUGUAUAAUAUAUUAAUAUAACUGCAAGUACUUGGCAAUCAUUUUUAAUGAUUUCUAUGCAAUUUUACACACACCUUAUUUACCAAGCAAAACUAAAUUAUAUUAAUUUAAAUGAAAUAUCUUUUGAAUUCCCAAGUCAUGUACCCACUUUUUAGCAAAUCCCCCUCAUUUUUGGAAUUUGAAAGUUAAAAAAAAUUCAACAUGGCCUACAACAUUGUAGUAGUUUAUCCCAGGUUUCACCAAUGUGUCUUAUUGAAAUCAGUGUCAUUAACCAUUCUUUAAUGUUUGAUGUGGUUUGCUUUCUCCAAAUUGUUAUAUCAUAUGUUUGUAUUAUUAAUAAAUUAAUAUAUGUCACCAUGCAGACAUGUAUUUACAAAAAUUGUGAGAGCCUAUGAGAAAUUAUACAUAUGCAAAAUAUAUAUGUGCCUUUGUUUUUCGCAAACUAGACUUUUAUGCUCAACACAUAAUUGCUUUCAGCAAUGUAUUGGCACUUUAUAUACCUUUGUUGUCAAUUUAUUUCUUUUUCAGUAAUAGUCAUUAUUGCUGCCUGACAAUGUCCUGUCAUUCCUUUCCCAGUCCCAGAAUCUGUAAAGAAAUUGACUCUAAGUGGUAAAAGCACUGAAGAGCUGUAUAUUACUUGGUCCAAAGCUGAUGGUGAUGUUGAUCAGUAUGAGAUACAGCUUCUGUUCAACGACAUGAAGGUUUUCCCACCCAAUCACCUUGAAAACACCUUUGAAGCAUUCAGGUUCACAUCUCUAACUCCAGGACGCCUUUACAAAAUUGUUGUUAUCACAAUUAGUGGAAAAGCAGAACGAGCUACUUUUAUACAAGGACUGACAGGUUAGGAAAAGUGUAUAUCAAACAGAUUUUGAGUCUGUCCGUGCUGGUACAUUGCAAUGUGAUUUUUUGAAAGUUUUCAGAAACUGAUAGGUCAGACAGAAAAAUACAGGUGCCAUUUCUCACCACUCAAGACACAGGUAGACCUAUGUCUUUAAACAUUAUUCUGCCUCAAUCACAUGUAAAACUGGGGAUGGAGUGGUGAUUUAAAGUGAAAAGGAGGCAAGCAAGUAAGGAGUACUGACUCACUCACUUUGUGCCAUCUUGUUUUCCCAUCACUGUAUAACCCCUAAAUGGGACACGGGUGGCGCUGUGGGUUAAACCACAGAGCCUAGGACUUGCCGAUCAGAAGGUCGGCGGUUCUAAUCCCCGCGACGGAGUGAGCACCCGUUCCUCAGUCCCUGCUCCUGCCAACCUAGCAGUUCGAAAGCACAUCAAAGUACAAGUAAAUAGGUACCACUCCCGUGGGAAGGUAAACGGUGUUUCCGUGCGCUGCUCUGAUUCGCCAAAAGCAGCUUAGUCAUGCUGGCCACAUGACCCGGAAGCUGUACGCUGGCUCCCUGGGCCAAUAAAGCGAGAUGAGCGCCGCAACCCCAGAGUCAGCCACAACUGGACCUAAUGGUCAGGGGUCCCUUUACCUUUACCUUAUAACCCCUAAAUUCAUUUUUACUUCAGUCAAACUCUAGUGCUGGAAACAAACCUGCAUGGGAGAAAGAAGGUUGGGUAGAAGAAUUAUUAGCAGAUGGGAAUUGUCAGGGGUCCGCCAUCAGAACAGGAGAGGGAGGCAGAGGGACCGUUGGGAUACAGGGAGCCUCCGAAAAUCCUGUGAAGUAGUUCCUCUUCCUGCGGUGGUGAAAGCCACACCUCCAGUGGAGAAGAGGGAAAGGGCCAGAGGAUGCUGCUGAGAGCCCCAAAGCUGCACCUUGUCAGUCUGAGGGUGGGGAAAGCCACACCUCCAGGGGAAAGGAGGGGAAAGGGCUAGAGGAUGCUUCUGGGAGCCCCAGCACCUCACCCUGCCAGGCUGGCCAGGAAGGAAACACGCCUCUUCCGUCGCCCACCUUGCGCAGAGGGGUAAAACACAAGGAAGGGAGGCAGAGGCUUGGGGUGCAGAAGUUCUUAUGUUGGGGGAGAAGCCGGAAGGGGCCACUCCCGGAUUCUGCAAGUGACUAAGACAGACAUGAACUCUGUGGUUCUGCACUGUAAAUAGUUUUGCACCAAUAAAACCUGCAAAAGACAGGUCGGAGACCUGCCUGGUUACUCACGAGCAACCACCACCACCAUCUGACAGGAAUGGUCAUCAACUUUCACCUGCCUGUCCCUUUUAUCACUUUACAUUCACCUGCUACCUCCUGCUAUUAGGCCAGUCAUGUUUUUUAAAGACUCAGGUCUCCCUUUGCCAUGUAUAAUACAGCCCAUUAUAUAACAAGUUCAAAUUAUUUAUUUUCUCUCCCUCUGACACCUGCCUUUUUAGCUCGUCACUUCUCGACAGCCUCUUUGUAUCUUUCUCUCUGUGUUUCUCUCUCUUUCUUGUUCUCUGUAUUGUAACUAUAUAAUAUUAAGUGAACUUUUGCUGAAUGGUCCCAUAGUGAGUGCCGCAAUGAAAACAAGUAGCAUUUACAUUGAAAUUGUAAAAUAAAACCACCAGUGACACAGUAACAAAGCAGCAGCACAGAACAGCAGUGCGCAGCAGCACCCAAAAUGUUAAUUGCCAUCUCAGCACAGGACUCUGGCUAUAUGUGCAGUCAAGUGCAGGAUUUUGGAAACUUCCCUCAUCCUGUUACCACCACAUCCUGAAAUGCCACUUGUCAUGACCAUGUGCUUUCCGUGGGUUCAUGGACAGAGAUCUGUCAUUCCUCUCCAACUUGACUGUGCCAUUCCUGCAUCCUGCUUUAAUGCCAACCUUUUCAUACUCUGUUACAAAAAUAACAAGGUAAAAGCCUUCCGUGUCUUGUGGUCUGGUCAUUAUCUAGCUUUCACAAUUUUGUUAACCACAACUUUUAACAAAAUAAGUGGCAUGGUAAGAAAAUAUUUAUUGACUUCUUUGGCCGUUCUUGUUGGUAUUUCCCCCUCUUCUAGUUCCAAGCGCUGUCAAAAACAUUCAUAUUUCACCUAACGGAAUGACAGACAGCUUGAAAGUGGUUUGGACCCACGCAGGCGGAGAUGUGGAUUCCUACACGGUCACAAUAUUCCAUCAGAACCACCCCCUUGAUACCCAGACCGUUUCCAAAAAUGUGAACGAUCACACAUUUAACAAACUGGAAGCAGGGGAGCUGUACAAGGUUGUUGUACAGACAAGGAGCGGAACCUUGCACAACAACUCAACAGCCUUUGGGCGAACAAGUAAGUUUCUCCCUGAAUCAAAGAAGGGCAAAAUAAUUAAGAAGACCGUUCAGUUUCCUGUUGAACAGCACAAAGGAAUGGGGAAGGGGAAAGAGAGCAACUCAGUCGCAAUUUUAGGUUCACAGGCUAAAAUUCAUUGAGUGGAAUUCAACGGUGCACAAUUACAAACAUUCUAUCUGCACAAGCAUAUCAGAUUGCCAGGUAGAACGAUCCCCUCCCCCAGUGUGCUCUCUGGGGGUUUUCUUGAUUCUCCAGAGCCUGUUUCUUGAGGUGUGGGAAACCCCAUUGCAUAAGUGGACACCGCUGUGCAGGGCUUCCACCGACACAGUUCAUUAGGUGAAUCUCAUCCAUUAUUUUCGUAAGUUCAUGAUCUCAGAAAAGUGAUGGGUAAAUUCUCAUCAAUUUUUUUAAAAAUCGUAGUUACCUGCUCCAGCACAAGUCAGAAUAUUAAAACCAAAGUCAAACUGUGGGUUAAUAUACUGAUCUGUUUCAAAGCUGGUAACCUCCGGUUCCCAGUUUGAAUAGAAAAGGAAAUGAUAGUUAUAAAUGCUGUGAAAAGGCUUGUUCAUAGCUUGGCUCAUUACACCUUGAUAUGAUUGUCUGAAUAUGGCCAAUGAAUGCUAAACAUUAUUUACAGAAUCUCAAAGAGAAAAGAUUUCACAUCUUCAAGAUCUUCAAAAAGGCACCCUCCCCCAUUGAGGUGUGUUUUUUUUAUAAAAUGUAAAUACAUUUAUACUGAAUUUCUCAAUCAUUAAAUCAGUAAAAACUUUACUAGAUUAUUAGGCCCGACAUUUAUAAUAUACAGUACAUCAGUUUUUGAGCACUAUUUGCAUCUAGCUAAACUCAGGUCUGAAUAAAUAUGAAUGACCCAGAAUGGGUAUGUAUGUCACCCCCACUCUGCUCUGUCUUGCAAAAUAUAAUUUUAAUGAGGAUGGAUACAAAAGACAACAAAAUAUUCUGUGUGCUACGGAAAUGGGAAGAUGACACAGAUUGGCCUGAACAAGAGAUCUGGUUGACUGAAUUUGAUAACAAUUUUGUGUGUGUCUGUAGUGUAUGUGUGCGUUCACAACUAAUUAGCUAAUAAUUUUCAAGACGCAUGAAUGAGCCUCACCUUUUAAACCAUUGUUCCCAGUCCCUGCUCCUGUUCAGAAAUUACAUGCAGACAAUGCAUACAGCAGUUACUCAUUGGUUGUAACCUGGCAAAGCGCUGCUGGUGUGGCUGAACGUUACGACAUCCUGCUUCUGACUGAGCAAGGCAUCCCUCUGAGCAACAAAUCAGAGCCAGCUACUGCUAAGCAACACAAAUUUGAAGAUUUAACACCAGGGAAGAAGUAUAAAGUACAAAUAUUGACAGUCAGCGGUGGCCUCUUCAGCCGUCGGGCAGAAACUGAAGGCCGAACAGGUAAUUCCAGCAUUUUUAUUAGGGGACAUCAAAAUAACUGAGGCUAUAAACGUAGAAUAUUCCAGAAGACCUGCUCCGUUUUUAAUAACUUGGAAAGUGUAUUGUGAAUAUUUGUAUUUAUGAAUGAAUAUUGUUUUUAAUUACUUUCUUUUUAGCUGAGGCACCAAAAUAGGUUUUAAAUAUGUCAGCACAUAUACAAAUAAUAUAACUCCUUAAAUCAUCCCUCCCUUAAGCUUUUGGAGAUGGGCCUGCAGUACCGCCCAUCUGCAGCUACCUGUAAAAUGGAUUGUCCCCGUUCAGUCAGAAGGUUCAGCUGAAAUUAAUGAGAACUUUGCUUGAGCAAGAGAUGGAGGCAACUGAUAGUGAGGAUACUAAAUAUAAAUCUAGCAAAACAGAUUUGGGCCACAUGAUGCUUAUAUCAGCAUUUACUUUCCCAGAAUAUGCAGCUUAAAAAUAUAUAAAAGCAACAUUGGCUAGAAUGUAUAUUCAGCCUGAAAAUGAUUUUCUUCUGCUUGCUAUUUUGCUUACUUUGUCCCAGAUAAAAGGGUAAUCUUAGUACCAUAUGAAAAUUCUUUGGCACUAAUUUUGGCUUGAGCAAAUAUUUUUGCACGAACACAAAAAUUAUUAAAUAAAUUACUGCAUUAACUACACGUUCUUUGGCGUUUGUUAACUACUUUGAUUUUGAUUCAAAUAAAGGCAGGAUAAUAAAUAAAUUAAUAAAUGCAAAACAAUCUACUCACGAUUCUGAGAAUGUCCCUUAAACUACGUGUCGUGUUUAAUGAUAGCAAAGGGUUAAUCUACAUAGAAGGAAAAUAUUGGCAUGAAACAUGUAUAAACAUAGUUUCUGAGGUUCAAAGGACAUUUCUGCUGCCCAUUUCUUACUGCUUGCCAAAAGCUACAACACUGGAUGCAAUAUCUUCUCUUAUUUCAGCUCCAGCAGCUGCCACAAAUCUGAAGGUCACAAAUACCACCACUGGGCGCCUGUCGUUUAGCUGGACAACUUCUCAGGGAGAGCUGGACAAAUAUGAAAUCUUUCUAUAUAAUCCAGACCAAUCUCUCCAGGACAGAACUUCUGGAGACCAGAAUCUCAAGCAGUAUUCUUUCCAGAACUUAGUACAAGGAAGGUUGUACAAAAUGGUGAUUGUUACUCACAGUGGCAAGCUUACUAAUGAAUCAUCCAUCUUUGGGAGAACAGGUAAAAGUAUCUAAUGAGCUGAUCCAUCAGCAGCGAGAUACACUUUUAAAACCUCAAUGGGCUACUUUAAUUGUAAGAAGGGAUUGCUAGAGGAGUUGCCAAUAAAUAAAACCCAGACUGCUUUCCUAUGAAGUUGAUAGAAGGGUUUUCAGAAGCAUCCUAAAACAAAUAACGAAUUUCUUCAAGGGAACAGAUCAAAGAUGCAAAUUCAUGUUGGCAAACCCCAAUUUGUUUAAAGCUUAACUGGGCAUGUGUUUGAUGUACACAAACUGAGCAACCAGUUCAGUUGUUGUCAGCAAUAUGCUGAUGACACACAGCUCUACUUCUCCUUUACAUCUGCUGGUGUGACAGUGGAAGUGCUAGACUGAUGUCUGGCCUUGAGAGUAGAUGAGACUAGAUGAGAGCCAGUAAAAUGAAGCUUAAUCCAGACAAGACUGAGGCAUUAUUGGUGGGUGGCUCCCUAGACCAGAUGGAAGGGAUGAGGCCUGCUCUGGGUGGGUCACACUCCCUCUGAAAGAGCAGGUACAUAGCUUGGAGGGUACUCCUGGAUCCAUGACUGUUGCUUGAGGCUCUAGUGAGCUCAGUGGCACAGAGUGCCUUCCAUCAGCUUCAGCUGGUGGCCCAGCUGCACCCCUUUCUGGACUAGGAUAGCCUCACUUCUGUUGUCUAUGUUCUGGUAACCUUCAGGAAGUACAUGGAGGGGCUGCCUUCGAAGACGGUUUAGAAACUACAGCUGGUACAGAAUUCAGCAGCCAGAUUGCUGAUCAAGGCAAGACAACCUGAGCAUAUAAAACCAAUUUGGGCAUAACUCCACUGGCUACUGAUUAGUUUCAAUUAAAAGUGCUUGUUUUGACCUAUAAAGCCUUCUGCAGCUCAAGACCCUAGUACCUCAAAGGCUGCCUCUCCCCACAUUAACCAAUCUGGAACCUGCAUUCGGUAUUCAUGGCCCUUCUCUGUGUGUGUUUUCUGGAAGGGAGGGACAGAGGGUGACAACACAGGGACAGUCGUUUUUCAGUGGUAGCUCCUUGCUUACAGAAUGCUUUCCCCAUGGAGGUAUACCUGGUGCCAUCACUAUCUAUUUUUAGCACCAGGCAAAAAAAUUCUUUUUACCCAGACCUUUGGGAGAGUUUCAGAGAUCUGUGGCCUUGUUUAGUGGGUGGGAUGUGUUAGACCUGCCUUUUCUAUGUAUGAACAUGUUUUUAUUCUGUUUGGGCUAUUAUGCUAGUUUUAAUCUUUCACCUUGGAUUACCUUUUGUAAAGAAAAGCAGCUAAAAAGCGAAAAGAAUAAUAUGAAUGCAAAGUAUAAAAUACCAAAAGGAACUUAAUAGUUUUCAGUGCCAGGGUUGUUUUUAAUUAAAACAUUUAAUAAUUAGAGACAUUAGGAUUAUUAUUAUUUAACCUAUUUUUAUUAUGUCCUUGUAUAGAUACCAUAACUAAUUGUCAUGCAGAGUGACUCUCCACUGUUUCCUCCCCCCCCCCAUAGUUCCAGCCUCAGUUACCAAUCUCAAAGGGUUCAAUAAAAACAUGACAGAGAGUCUGUGGUUUACCUGGGACCCAGCAGCAGGAGACGUUGACUCCUAUGAACUGAAUCUCUAUAACCCAAAUGGCACACAGAAAGAAGCACAGUAUGGAAAAGACUUGACAGAAUGGCACUUCCAGGGCUUAGUCCCUGGCGGAAUAUACACCCUUGUUGUAGUUACCUAUAGUGGUGACCUGACCAAUACAGCAGAUACUAAAGGCAGAACAGGUAAAGAACAGCAGUUCCUUGUCUUGUUUAUAUUGUUGCUGCCAUCAUUGAUUGCUUCAAUGCUCUAAUCAGCAGGUGUAGCAAAAUAAAGACACUGGGAAAUCCAAUCAUUGAUCUGCUUUGGCCUUAAGUCCAACAAUUUCACCUGUGCACCUUGGAUUUGACUUUUGCAUUCCCUGCCCCCCAGGCUUUAGCACUCUCAAUAUUUCAUGUUCCGCUAGUUGAAAACUUUGGGAUGUUCUCCAGUGAACCUGCUGUCUGAUGUGAAGGAGACGAGACAGGAUUUGAUGAUGCAGGUGAGCUGUGCAUAAGCAAGCUGCUGGCUAGCUUUGCAGAGGCUCUUUUUAUUAGCACAAUAUGCAAAACCAGUCAGAUACAUUUUUGACUGUGCCCUUUACACAUCUUCCAAUCACGAGAUCGUGGGGUGGUAAAAAGUUAUUUUGGCACCUGUUUCCACCGCGUCACUUUCCCCUUGAACAAUGUUUAAAUGAAGGAGACAAAGGUCACAGACAGGACACGGCAGACUACUGAGAAAGCAAAAGGUUAGAUAGAGGACAUGGCGUUCAGACAGCUGUGGCUUGUCUGUGGGCGGAAGUGUGCAUCACACCCAGCAGGCAUUCCUACAGCUGUCAGUAGAUGAUUUUGGAAAUAUGAAAGGAGUCUCCAGUCAAGGUGGAGUAAACAAAGGGCUUGUCCACGCCUGACUUUAAUGUGUAUUUCAAGUCCCAUUUAAAUAGCAUUGUCCACAUGAUAUCCCCCUCAAACAUCUCCUGUCCUGUUGGUUUCCUCAUGCAAAUUUGAAUUUCCCCAGUCCAUUGAUAAUUUGAUAAAUUUGAAAAUGCAGCUCCACUUGAGACUCUCUCUUUUUUGCUGGGGCUCAAGAAUCCAUUUUGCAACCCGCCUUCCACACACCUUACACUUCCCUAACAUCAGCUCUGUUCUGGCAGUGGUAGUACCUAUUUCUUGCAAACUCCUUAGGCAGCUUAAAAAGAAAAAGAAAACAUAUUUGUGCAAUACUGGAAAACAAAAAACCCAUGGUUUCUCCAGAUCUCCCUGCUUCAUUCCCACCCCCCCAUUGAUUUCACCAUAUAUUGCUCUAUCACACAACCAUAUUCCUAUUUUGGAAUGGGAAAUGCAUGCCAUUUUAGGAUUGAACAUAAAAUGUGUACAUGCAAACAUAUACAGAAUUGGGAAUUCCCUGGUGUGUGUUACUGACAAUUCCUGGGUGGAUACCUUUUUUUAAAAAAGGGUGUACACACUGCUCAGAAGAUUCCUGCAUGCUUGCCCUGUUUGCACAAAAUUAAUACAUUUGAAUCAGCAAAUUUGAAUGCAGGGAGAAAGACAAAAGGGAAUGUCUCCAGGUAUGGAUGGAAACAAGUGGAUUUGAUCUUCAGCUGCAAAUGAACACAGUUAUGGACUAAUAAGGUCAAAUCUGAAUGGAGGAAACAUGGAUGAGAGUCAACCCAAAUGUGAACAAGGCCAAAUACAUAACUCCUGAACAAAACAGAAAUCUAUUUGUUGGUUUCCUUCUUAAAAAUUUUUGGAAUUAUUAUGUAUUACGUAUUCAAGAGUAAUGUACCAGGUAAUUAUUUAUUUUCCCAUUUUACGCUUUCUCUCUCUUAGUGCCAAUCCCUCCGAACACAGUGUCAUUUGCUGAUGUCACCAACACUUCCUUGUCCAUCAUGUGGUUGGGCCCUCCUGACUGGACAGAUUAUGAUGACUUCGAACUUCAAUGGACCCCAAGGGAGACCCUCACAGUUUCCAAUCCUUACAGUAGUAGCAAAUCAAAAGGACGCAAAAUAAAUGGACUCCACCCAGGGAGACUGUAUCACUUCAGUGUUAGGAGCGUUAGUGGAAUCAUUCAUAAAACGUACAGUAAAUCACUUUCUGGAACCGUGAGAACAAGUAAGACACCAUAUUGGGACAUUGAUGAAAAGUUUGGUAUUAACCUCCAGUGCUUUAGUUAAUGCUCAUUUAUAUUAUAUUAAUUUAUAUUAGCACAGUAGUCAACAACAUCCAUAGCCCCAACAUCCAUUUGGGGACCUGCUUCUUACUAUGUUACCAUAUAUUUGUAUAGUUGUGGUACUGCUGUUGCGAUCCACCUUAAUGUUAGUCUUGACCCAGUACUCCACCCCAACCGCCAGCUGAUUCAUGAGUGCUUGUGCAGGGAUUGAUGUCUUUACCUGUUUCACAUUUCUGUUGUAUCCUCAUCUGGUGAAGAGCUCAGAGCUCUCACUGAUCAAAUGCAUGCACCAGGUUGUCCUAGUAGGACAAGGGGGGGGGUCACAGGAAGGAAACUAGGUCGGGAAAAGGUUGAGAAACACUGUGGUAAACAUUGCCAGAAUUGAAAUAAGGUCUAAUGGCCAGUCUAGUUGGCUCCAUUGUACAUGGAAUGAUGGGGAUGCCAUUCUGCAAAAUGUCUUAGGACAACCCUGUUGGUUUCCUGUGCUGUCCCCAUCCAGAUACUGAGAAGACCCUGAGCUGCUUAGCUUCAUCAAGUUUGCUGUAUCCAUAUGUCUUCAAACCUUGCCCUUGGACUUAGCUCACAUGACUGUUGUGAGACUGUAAUGGGAUAGGCAUAUCUAUGACCCCCCCUGGGUUCUUAUAGGGAGGGUGUGGUAUAAAUAUUGCACACACACAAAUAGCAGUGAAAUUCCUAUCUCUCAUCUCAGUCAGCAAUAAAACAGUGACCUAAUUUUAUUACAGGAUUAUUUUGAGGGUGAAUAAGACAAACACUGUAAAGACAUAGCAAUUUUUAAAAGUGCUGUAUAAAUGAUUCAUAACAACAGAUAUAAGACAUAAAUAUGAUUUUGCAAAGUAAUAGGUUGAGUUCAAAGGAACUUAAAUAAUGUGGCUGCCAUCUAAUUAACUGUAGCAUUAACAUUAGCAUUAGUACAUUACCAUGCUGUUCCCUAAUUUAAUUUUAGCUUUCGUAUGGUGAGAUACAUCUUUGUGCUAUAAAGUAAGCUCAAUGCACAUUAUUGAUUCUGCUCCUGCUUUGCUUCAAAGGGCCAGACAAGAUACAAAGUUUGCAUUGCCGACCGCAGAACUCGACUGCCAUUGCUUGCUCCUGGAUCCCUCCUGACUCUGAUUUUGAUGGAUAUAGUAUUGAGUGCAAAAAAAUGGACACUGCGGAGAUUGAGUUCUCCAGAAGAAUAGAGAGGGAGAGAUCUGUGUAUAACAUCAUGACCCUCGUGCCCCAUACAAGAUACUUGGUUUCCAUCAAAGUGCAGUCAGCCGACAUGACCAGUGAGGUGGUAGAAGACAAUACCAUCACUAUGAUAGACCGUAAGCCUUUUACUGUAUGGAUGGCUACAUUGCAAUGGAAAGCAAAAAGUGUGUGGGGGGGGGAAUGGCUUCCAAUGCAUGAUGCAAUACUUUGAAAUGAAUGACAUGUGGCCAUAAUGUGGAACAUCUGUUCCACUGCAUUCAGUGCAUGUUGUAAUAGCUGUCACUAGUUCUCAAAGCACUGAAUGUUAUUUUUAAUUGCUAAACUUGCUUGCUUGACUCAUACUUUUAAGAGUCAUGAGCAGUUUAUAUAUUCUAACAUGCCAGCAAAACUCAGUUAUUGGUUUACCUUCCACUUGCAAACUGUUUCUUUCACCUCCCCCCCCCCUUUUACAUCCUUCAAACAAAACAGCUAGGUGUAUCUUCCUUCCUACAGUUAUGAAACAGGAAAUCUAGAUUCUCACAAGCCUUUCUCCCUUCUCUUGAUGUUUGCUUAUUGUACCAGAUGUUAAGGGAAGAAAGCAUAGCUUCUGUGAAUCCUCAACAGUUCAAUCAUUUCCCCUUCAGAAAAAAUGGAGAAGAUGCCAUAAUGGCGGGUGACUACCAUUGGUUUCUGGGCAUGUACACACACAGUCUGAUGGUGUGCAUUCAGUGCUGGAUGCAGUUGUAUUUAGGGUUGCUGUACACAUAUUGCCGCUGUGUCAGUGCUGUCCCACAUUGUUGGUUGAUCUAAAGUACAUUCUGGUUUUAAUCCAGUUCAUGCUGAGAAUGUACUUCUCAAGCACUUGCUGCCACCAUCUGUAUACAGAGAGUGUUGGGGUAGACCUAGUGAUGUCUCAGGAUUGUACCACUCCUCCUAUCCCACCAGAAAUCUGGUUUAUUAAAACAUAUGCGGGGGGGGGGGGAUUAAGUGAAGAAGGAGUUGCAUGUGCACAGAUACAGUGAAGUGUUACCUUAUUUCCACUAGGGAUGGAAGGACCUGCCAAUUUCGGUUCUCUUUUUCUCAUUUUCCCCAUCUUAAAUUUGGUUCUCUACAUUCUCUGCAGCAAUUUGCAAGGGUUUCUUUAAAGAAAAAUCAUGAUGAAAAUCCUUUACCUUUUAGUUUGAUUUUUUUCCUAAUGAACACAUUUUGUAUAUCUCACUAAUGUACCAGCAGCUUUCCUUAAUAUAAAUGCACUUUUAUUGCUAAGUGUUCUAUUAUCAAAGAAGGGAUGAGCAGCCUGAAACCACUGUUGAGUCAUUAGAAUUUGAAUUCUAAAGGCAUUCGCAGCUGAUGGUUGGGUCUUGCAAAGUGCUGUACACUGAGCAGCCCUGCCCACCUGACAAACUUGGCUUGCAGUGGGUGAAUCCAGUUUCCUACCCCUGAUGUAAAGAGAUGAAGAAAGACUACCAAAAUCUGCAAUGGAGCUCACUGCAACCUAACACAUUGCUGCAUUCUACUUGCUAAUCUUCAACUACAAGAUAUGUUUUGGUGGCUAGGAAGAGCAUUUCAGUGGAUAUUUGAUUCCACUUGGGUAAAAGUUUGCAUUUAGGUGCCUAGUACGUAUUGACAAAAUACAGCUUUUAUAACACAACUACUGCUAUCAUUUAGGCCCUCCACCACCACCUGCACAUAUUCGAGUGAACAAAAAGGAUGCAGUCAUUACCAAAUCUUCCAUCCACUUCGCUUUCAAUUGCAGCUGGUUCAGUGACACCAAUGGAGCUGUGAAAUACUUUACCGUGGUUGUGAGAGAAGCUGAUGGUAAGUUUCCAUGGCUAUACAAGAUAGCCUGCACUGACAUAGUGCCUUUGCCAUAGUCUUCCACAAUCUGGUUGAUCAUUGUAAAAUCCCAUUAUGACCAUAAGGGUGAUUUCAAUAUACAAUAAUCAUGGAUAAACAGAAAAGUAUUGGGGUCCUUGGUAAUGUACAGGUCUGUAACUUGAUCCCCACAAGCCUUGUUCUGCAGUAAUAACACAGUAUUUAACUUCCAUUUUUUAACUUUUCCAAUCACCCCUUUCUAGGCAGUGAAGAACGGAAGCCAGAACAGCAUCACCCUUUGCCUUCUUACUUGGAAUACAAACACAACAACUCCAUCCAAAUCUAUCAAACAGAUUAUUUUGCGAGUAAAUGCACUGAAAGCCCUGACAGCGUUUCAAAGAGCUUUGAUAUUAAGCUUGGAGCAGAGAUGGAAAAUCUGGGAGGAAAGUGUGAUCCAAAUCAGCAGAAAUAUUGCGAUGGGCCACUAAAACCCAGGACUGCCUAUAGGUCAGAUUUAGUGCGGUAAUCAUGCCACAAAAAAUGUGGCUUGUCAUUUGGAACUGUGCUUUCUAGAAGCAUUUGAACUACCGAAGAUUAAUAGCCUCUGUUGCAUGAUGUUAUCUGUGCUUUACUGUGCCAUUUAUAAUAGCUUUGCCCUGCUCUGUCUCAUAGAUAAUGUCUAAACGUUUCCUUCACCCAUGUCUGUCUAUCCUGCAGUGCGUUAGAUAGAGGACUCUGUAACGUGCCAUUUUUUACACUGAUCAGUGAACGUGCUAAUCCCUGAGCGGAAAACCUUAGGAUGGUCCCUAGUCCUCAUUUGCAGUAUAAAAGUGUUCAGUGCAGCUAAAAUACCAGCAUACACAUGAUGGAUACUGUUGAAAUUGCGGGCAAAAUAUACUAGACUCUUUUGUCAGUGUAAGACCAGUUGCCAAACUCAAAUGGUGCAAAAAUCAUGAUCAAGUUAUUUUUCCAUUUCCCCCUCCCUAUCAUAAAUCCUGUUCACUUGUGAGAAAAAAUUCCAACCUUGUAGGGUCUGAGUUUUUACUAGCCUAUUUAAACUACUGUCUAUGGUAAGUUUUUCUCUGGAAUUCUCAGACUAGAAAAAUGAUCUCAUAAAAGUAUUACCAGUUGGAUAACUUUGCCAUUGUUCCAGUUUAAAAACAGGUAUAAAUGCACAAUGUUUUCUUUCUUCAUUUUCUGAUUGAGUGUGGAGUUACUAACCAGGAUCUACCUAUUAGUAAGGGGCUAUUGAAGAAUCUGUUACAGCCCAGAACUUAGGUUUGCUGUGCCAACAAAUACGGAUUUAGGAUAAGUGCACCAAACUCUCUGCCAAAACAAUAUUAGUCAUCAUAAUGCAGAACUUUAAAAUCAGAGUGCCAGUUGUUUAGAAGGUGGGCCCAGUUUUCCAAAUGUAUUAUGUAGCCAACUUUGAGAAUUGACAGUGAUAAAGCAAAAUAAGCUACACUGCCCACUGGGUAGUGAGACUAAUCAUAUGUGGUUUCUUUCAUCUCUUAAGUGUGCAUUAGUCUCAGUGCAAAAUGGGCCAGCAUGUCUCCCACUCUCUUACAGGUCAUUGCAAAACUUUCGUUAUAAUGCAUUUCCUCUGACUAUGUUCAAAGGGCUUUUUCAGCUUGCUUGCAAGACUAUCCCCUAAAACAAGCAGGGAGCAUUUGUGGAUUACGAAAUGCCCUGUGCAGUUUGUGAUCAACAUAUCCAAAGACAAAGGCCAGGUUCUACAUUGUGAUUUAGCAAACUAUCUGAAGCACUCUAUGCAGCAUAGAGAUCAAGCAGUAUGAUUAAGGUGCAAGGAAUUCAUAAGAAAAAGUGGGGGAGGGGUUAAGCGCAAAAUGUCAGAAGCAUCCUAGGUUUUUGCAUUCCUUUCUUUCUUAAAUUAUUAGGAGCGAAACUGCAGAGAACUCAGAAGAUCCAUGACUGGAUUGCUCAAAGCCCUUUUAUUUACAAAAAAGAAACCACAGAGGGAUUGUAUUAAGCUCACAGUGCUAGAAAAGCAGGCUUAACUCUUUCUAACAGUUUCCCUUAUUUAAAUCAUACACACACACAUAGUCUGAAGUUGCUAAUGGCUGUAGAAUAAGAGGAAAGUAGGUACAAUUAGGAAUGGAAGAGAAAUUUGAUGAAGUUUUCAUUUGGAGGCGAUCUUCCCCAAUCUACACUUUCCAAAACAAUAUGAAAAUCAAAACGCAGCAUUUUUUUCAAAAAUCACACUUUUCCAGUCAAAUAAAAUGUAAAAUGUCUUAGGGUAAAAAGGGCAUAAAAACACAGAUAUUUGUGGAAAUUACAUACAAAGAUGCAUUAUAUUCAGGGAAAUGCUUUGCAAAAAUGUGUGCAUUAGGAGAAAUUCACACUGAAAUGUUGAUAAAUUUCCACUAGGACUUUUAGUGUGCGUAUGCAUGCAUGUGUGCAAACUGAUGUAGGUAUGUGGAGAACUUAAUUUAGACUUGGAAAUAUCAGAAACUGAGAGUAACCAAAACAGCUUUGCUGACCUCUUGCUGCAAUACAGGCCCUGUAUCCCAAUGCUACCACUGCAGCUAAUAGUAGCUUUGAAUGUGGGGUAAUUUAAGUCAAGGAAAGUACAGAGGAGAGGAUGGAAAGCAUUAAAACUUCUUCUCCGUCCCCACACUUCCAAGUGCUGUGGCCUUGACCCAAUAUGGGCACCUUACAGAUGUUUUCUGACUGGCUUUUGCAUCACUCUAAAGCAGUAGGAGAUGGAAAUUACCAGUAAAUUACAAGUAGUGACAGAUCAGAUGCCUGGCUUUGUAUGUCUUAUUACUUUGUGUAGCCUUUAAUACAGAACUGGGGCCCUUUGGCCCUCCAUAUAUCAUUGGCCUCAGUCCCAGCCACGUGGCUUUUGGUCAAGGAUCAUGGGUGUUGUAGUCCAUCAACAUCUGGAGAGCCACAAGUUCCCCAGCCCUGAUUUAAUAUUCAGUAUUCCUAUAACCCUUAACAAUUCAAAUGCUUCCUUCCGUUUAGGACUAUCAUUGUAAAUUAUACAUCCCAGGGAAAUCUAAUUUUAAAAACCAUUCCCCUCCUUUCCAGGAUCAGCAUCCGGGCUUUCACACAACUCUUCAAAGAAGACCUGAAGGAACUUCCUGAGCCCCUGUUCUCUGAUACCUAUUUCUCUUUGCCAAUUGUUACCGAGUCAGGUUAGUUUCCCUUGCUACCUAUGAAGCAUUUCAGGAUAUCUAAAACCUGAGUGGAGACAAAAGACAGCAGGAUGGGGCUUGUAGAGCUCUAUCUUGGCCAAAAGUGACUUUCGUCAAAUCCAUCCAUUUAGAAGGCUGAUUCAGCCACUGCUAUUUAAUGAGAACCUGUAAGCAACAUGGUGCAUGCCGUCUUCAGUUGGAGACUCUGUAGCAAGCCGCCUUUGAUGAAUCUCUGGAGAGCAUCUGAUGUUGUGGAGAAUGUGGAAGCCUCCACAUUCAUUGUCAGAAGACAAUUUUGCAAGUCUAAAAGCAUGGUUUAAUUUCAGCCAGAGCUGACUGGGACUCGUAAAGUUUUAUAUUGUUCUGCUUUAGGGAUUUCUUUUUCUUCGCUCCUUCUUUAUUUAAGCAUUUUCUGCAUUUCAGAAUUACAGUACUUUUGAAACCUGAAAUAAUAUGGGUUCAGCACUAGAAUGUUUAUUUUUAGCACAGUUAUCCCCCCCUCACACACACACACUUUUAUUUUUUUAGCUACUCAUUCAUUCAGGAGUUUGUGGUUUGACCAAAUAGUCACAGGUUGGUUUAUAAAUUUAAAAAAUGUUGUGCUGGCUAUGUUCACUGCUGGAGGCAGUAUGCCUCUGCAAUUACCAUUGGCUUGGAAUCACAAGUAGGGAGAUAAAACAGGAGAUGAAAGUAACAACCCCUCUUCUGCUGUUUGUCCUCAGCGUUUGGUAACUGACAGAAUACUACCCUUUGAACAUGAAGGAUUUAGCUAUUGCUAAGGCGCUAUGGGUUAAACCACAGAGCCUAGGACUUGCCGAUCAGAAGGUCAGCGGUUCGAAUCCCCGCGAUGGGGUGAGCUCCCGUUGCUCGGUCCCAGCUCCUGCCAACCUAGCAGUUUGAAAGCACAUCAAAGUGCAAGUAGAUAAAUAGGUACCGCUCUGGCGGGAAAGUAAACGGCGUUUCCGUGCGCUGCUCUGGUUCGCCAGAAGCGGCUUAGUCAUGCUGGCCACAUGACCCGGAAGCUGUACGCUGGCUCCCUCGGCCAGUAAAGCGAGAUGAGCGCCGCAGGCCCAGUGUCGGUCGUGACUGGACCUAAUGGUCAGGGGUCCCUUUAUCCUUUACCUUUUAACCCUGAUAGCUAUGUUCUCCCUCUACAGUUGGAGACAAUAUGCUUCUGAAUGCCUGCUGCUGGAACACAUGGGGAGGGGAGAGAGUUGUUGUAUGCGGGUCCUGCCUGCAAACUUCCCAUAGUUUUCUGGCUGGCCACUUUAAGGGCAGGAUGCUCGACAAAAUGGGCCUUUGGGGCAGAUCCAGCAGGGCUUUUCUUACAUUUGUAUGUGAUAAAUACAUAAUUUUAAACACCGGAACAGCAAACUGAAACAACAACAAUAUAAGCAAACUGGCAGUGGUUCUAACAGUUACAUAAUUCUAAUCAGUCCAAACUGUCCCAUUGUGUGUGCGCACAUCUGUUUGCAUGUGCAGAUCCUUGUUAGGAAUUGUAUUGGAAAACAGCAAAAGGUAGACAUAGACUAUUAUAUCAUGACCUUUCUUCUAACUUUAAAACUCUGAUCCGUGUAUACAAUUGUUUCAGAGCCCUCACUUGGAGUUGUCGAAGGGGUGAGCGCUGGUCUGUUCCUAAUAAUUAUGCUGGUGGCUGUCACUGCAUUGCUUGUCUGCAGACGAAAAGCAAAGUGAGUAGAAAUUCACGCUUCUUUCUUUCUAGCGCCAGAAAGAAUAAAUGUAAACUUAUUCAUCAUGCAAUGUAAAUUUCACUUUAUGACAGGUGCUUUAAAUGCAAGAACUACGAUUUUAUAUUUGCACCUUUUGAAGCUAUUCCUCAGUAGGUCCUAAGCGCUGUGUGUGUGUGUGUGUGUGUGUGUGUGUAUGUAUUUGAAUCUUGAAUGGCAGAUAGAUUUGCUAUAAUAUUUAUUGGUCAAUGUAAGUAGGAGCAGGAUUGCAGCCUUAAUGCUGAUACUGUGCUUUGAAGAGGAGAUGCAUCAUGUGCAAAGCAGCAGCGUCACACAGAAAAAUAGAGGGGUGUGAUGUUGCAAUGAUUCAGUCUUGAAUUCUUCUUGUAACAGACAUGAUUUGCUUUUGGCCACAGGAGGUGGCUGUCCUGGCAGGGCAAAACAACAUAUCUCCCUCACUAGGGCUCUAGAUGUAUAUAACAAACACUUGACAACUUCUUGUGUUGCAGUAGUGGCCAUGAAAGACCAACAGUGAGAAUGAGCAUUCGCAGGGACAGACCACUCUCUGUUCACCUGAACUUGGGACAAAAAGGGUAAGGUCAAAUUCCUUCCCUGGCAUCCUUGGACAAUGCAGUCUGUCUAAUCACCAUCUGACCUUUUCUUUCUUUUUCUUUCUUUCCAAAUAACCUGAAGGAGCCGGAAAAUGUCCAGGUAAGAGCCAAUGCUAAGUCAUCCUUUCUACUGCGUUGGAAAAUACUGGCUCUUUGUUUUAAUAAUGUGUUAACAUAUGGUGUUUUCUUUCUCUCCUUGCCCCUCCCCGCACCCUGCUUUGAAUGUUUUAGCCCAGUAAAAGUCAGUCAGUUUGAAAUGCACUUCACCAAACUCCAAGCAGACUCAAACUACCUCCUGUCAAAGGAAUAUGAGGUAAGGACCAAACAGAGUGAAAAGAAUGGGCUGUUUAGGUACAUCUGGCUAUCAUUCACAAUGCAUUGACUCAAGACCAGUCAUCUUAAAGGAGACCGGAUCAGUGGCGGUUGACAUACACAGGGAAAAAAGGUUGCAUUAUUUUGGAAUAAUAAUAAUAAUUAUUAUUAUUAUUAUUAUUAUUAUUUCUUAUUUGUACCCCGCCCGUCUGGCUGGGUUUCUCCAGCCACUCUGGGCGGCUUCCAACAAAGAUUAAAAAUACAUUAACAUGUCACACAUUAAAAACUUCCCUUCAGAUGUCUUCUAAAUGUCAGGUAGUUCUCUUUGACAUCUGAUGGGAGGGUGUUCCACAGGGCGGGUGCCACUACUGCCUGGUUCCCUGUAGCUUUGCUUCUCGCAAUGAGGGAACCGCCAGAAGGCCCUUGGCACUGGACCUCAGUGUCCAGGCUGAACGAUGGGGGUGGAGAUGCUCCUCCAGGUAUACUGGGAAUCAAGAUGGAAAGGGACAUGACAUAGAUAGCAGCAGGUGCCAGCGGGAGGAAUCAGUGGAAUGGGGCUCUAGGGCCUAGGCUAAAAAAUGCAGGUGCCAUUUUGAGGUCCUUGCUCAACAGUUUUCAGCAACUAACACAAACUGUUUAUAUCAGCAUUUUGACCUGAAGUGGCUGCUGAAUAUUACUGUGCACUAUUUGUUCCUCCUGGUUUGUUCCCUCUCUGCUGUUUCUCCUUUGCAGUACCCAACAGUAUGUAUAUAUGAUGCUUUUCCACUCUUGGUUGGCAUUCAUUGGGUCUCUGAGCAGUGCAGCUCAUCCAUCUAUGUACAUUGCCCUCAGGCAUGUCAAUCCAAUUAAGAAGAGCCAUCCUGGAUCAUGCCCAUCUUGUGCAGCAUCCUGUUCUCACAGAGGCCAACCAGUUGCCUAUGGUGGGGGACGGCAGGACACCUGCAAGCAGGACCUGAGUGGAACAUCACAUUCCUUUCUUGUGAUUUCCAGGUUGAUCCUCUAUGGACAAUACGAGUACAUUGCAUGUCAGCCUCCAAAGUCUUUAUUAUUUGCAUUUAUUUAAGCAAGUUCCUAAGUUUCUAAGCAACAGAUUCAUCUGGCAUGAUGAGAAGUGGCUCUAUUGUAUAGUAGCUUAGCACUAGAAAAUGCCUUGGAGAGGUGAGGAUCAAAGGCUUGAACCACUUGGUACUUGGCACAAAUCCAGAACUGCUUGAAUUCAAUCACACAUCUGUUUCCAUCCUUUAGUCUUGGAUAGCUGAUGUGCUAUAGAGACCAUAUAUUAAUAUAAUUUAACCAUUUUCAUCUCCCCUUUUCUUUCUUUUGGAUUUUACAGGAUCUAAAGGAUGUGGGUCGAAACCAAUUGUGUGACAUAGCACUUUUGCCAGAGAACAGAGGGAAAAAUCGAUACAAUAAUAUAUUGCCCUGUAAGUUUCCUGCUGGAUGCAAGCCUUUUCUUUUUCUCUUCCUACAUCUUUUCAGCAAGAAUAAGAGAGACAGGAAAUAGGUAUAUCCUUCAUCCCAGUACUUCUACCUGGCAGAAAAGCACCACUCCCAUCAAGGGGUCUUAACCCUUUGAUAUUCAUACUGCAGGUCGCAUAAUGAGAGAACUCUCUCACUUUGCACCCGAAGUACAGUGACUAAUAAUGUUCAUCUUGGUUAUGAAAGGCUUCAGCCGUUAAAGCAAUUUUGCUGAAUUGUCACUGUUGAUGGUAGGCAGAUGUAGCAAUAAAUAGCAACCUUUGCAUGCAUGGUUGGUUUUAUGUGAUCAGCCAAAAGACAAACAGCCGAGUUUAGUAUUUUCUCAAAAAAACCAGAAACCAAACCUGUUCUAAUACGUCCAUAAAUCACUCAACCAACAUUACUGAUUUGGUAGGCAGUAGAUUUUUCUUUUAUCUAUCAGAAUAAAUUUAAAGUCCACAGAAAGAUUAAUGGUCCAUGACUUUAGAACACAGAACAAGUGAAAGUAGGAUGCGUUUUCAAAGAGUGCAUGUAUUUUUUUCAUCUACAAACUCUAAGAACUCUACUGCAACAUGUAGAGAAGAGAAUAGCAAUAAAAACGGGAUCUCCAUAGUAUACUCUCUCAUGUUUUGGGAACAUUUACUGAGACAGUGAGGACUCCCAAGUCAAAUAGCCAAGAUAAGAAGAACAGCCUCCCUCAUCUUAACUGGUGAAGGCGUCAACCGAACCUUCCAUGACAUCUUUUUGAAGGGUCAGUUUAAGAGAUCAGAGAGAAGAUAUCGCAAAGCUAAGAAACUUCUCAAGCAACAUUUCCGUUUUUAGUAUAAUUUCAUGUGGGAGGGUUUUUCUUUCAGCUAUUAAUAAAAGUAGUACCCAAUGUAUCCAAUGAUGAAUCUUUGGAGACAAAAAUCUGGGCUACAGUGUUGUAACAGAAUUCGGCCCCAUGGUGAAGUCCGCAUCUCAGCUUCGCACAAGCAAGUGUCCUGUCCCAUAAAUGCAGACUUGUUUGAGAAAAGAACUGGGGACAGAAGAUCUAAUUUUAAUCCACAAAAACAUGGUCAUAUGUCUCCACUCUGUCCAGGAAUAGAGGUUUUGUGGGAAAUCCUAAUCGGGCAAGCUUAUCAUAUUACUUGCUUGCUAAAAGGUAAUAAGAGGACAAUGAAGAAUGCAACCAAUUUUUAUGGCUGCAAUGAAAUACAUUUUUCAUUUGCUGCUGUGCCUCCAGAAGACUUUUGUGCAAUGUGAAACCUCAACAGCUGGGCAUGUCUAUAUGCUAACCGCUCCUCCAUCUCUCUUCCUUGAUCUUGGAGUCAUGGAAGAAUCAGCUCAUCAUCAUUUCUCCCCUCCUUGCACCCUCUUGUACCUUCUGCUACCUAAAGUAGUGUCCCAAGAAACUCAAAAUCUGGAACCUGAAAGCUGCUCCAAAGCCAUCCAGUAUAGCCAUCCAGUAGUAUGAGGAACUGCAGUCAGGAAAAAGAAAACACCAGAACACAUGGAGAUGUUCUUGCACAAACCCAAGGAACACUGAAUCCUGGUUCUCUGGCUUUGUUAUAAAAUUGUCCAUUAUAUAAGAUACAAAAGAAAUAGCCUGAUGACACAUCUAAAAAUCUAUAUGUAUAUUUCUUCUAUAUUGUCAAUUCCUGCCUUAGCUAAUCAGAGGUUUUGCAGCCAGUUGGAAUAAUUCCCAGUAUAUUUGCCUGUAAGAAUUAAUUUCCAACCCCAUAUUUCUGCAUCGUGCUUCUGAAAGUUUUCAGCUACUAUAUUUCACCAAAAGAGAGGGCAGCCAGAUAAAAAUGAGGACAAGAUUCCUCCACCUUUAAUUGUUGUGUAAUAGGGGAAAAUUCUGCAGGUGUGACUUUCAUGUUGAAAUUCCUUCUUCUACAUAACUAUUAAAGGCCCAGGAAUCCUUUCCCCCCUAAAUGACCAUUAUACUAAAUGGUUAUUCUUAAAUAACCAUGAAGAGCAGGGAUGUCCAACAGGUCGAUCACGAUCUACUGGUAGAUCCCCGGAAGGUUUUUGGUAGAUUGCAGUCGAUCGCUGGGACCCUUUCCUUAGUGUAGGUAAAAUAGACUCCAGCCCGCCCCCUCACCCCGCCCUCCAUUGUUGCACAAUCUGCAGAAUGGAAGACAGAGUUUACUCAGUUGAGGCUGUUUGUUUGCCCAGCGAUCUGUUGGUGAGUGGCUGUUCCCCUUUCUCCCUUGAGCUUAGGCUUGAAUUUCCUCCUUCCUAAAAAAAGCUCAACAACCUGUACCCCCCAAAAGCGGGUAGAUCACUGCCAGUUUUUAAUUCUGUGAGUAGAUCGCAGUCUCUUGGGAGUUGGCCACCGCUGAUGAAGAGGAUAGUUCUGUGUGGUGGAGGUGAGCAAACACUGGAAGAAAAUAUGCUGUAGAUCAGGCAUCCCCAACCUGCAGCCCUCCAGAUGUUUUGGCCUACAACUCCCAUGAUCCCUAGCUAACAGGACCAAUAGUCAGGGAUGAUGGGAAUUGUAGUCCAAAACAUCUGGAGGGCCGAAGGUUGGGGAUGCCUGCCGUAGAUGCUUAUAGUUUCAGGACACAUCGCAGUAUAGCACAGAAUAACUAUCCUUUCUAAUGAGGGCCUAUUCCUUCUAUGAUAGCACAGAUUUGGGGUUUAGGUAUCUGCCGCUAGCAGCAGUUGGGCAGGGCAGCAUUGUUCAACUGGCUUCUGAAUGAACAGUAUCACUGCCACUUACCAAGAGGGGGAGGGACAAGGCAUGGAGAGCCCAGUGUGGGUGUGGCAAUGUGGGCAACUCAACACUCCUGCUGCCUCAUCCCUCUUCCUCUUGGUAAGCGGCAGUAGCGCUCUCCAUUCAGAAGCCAGAUGCACAGCUAUUCCCUGCCUAUACCACCCACCAACUGCUGCUGCCCACUGGGGUUUAUAAAUCCCAGUUGUGCUUGCUCACUACGCCUGCAAGUCAAAUGGCACUCAAGUCUCUCCCAUGCUAAUUCCUCAUAGGGAACCACAGGUGUGCAGUCAACACAGAAGGGAAAUUGCUCGGAUGCAAAAUAAUGUCGAAUUAACCCAUUGUCCUUUUCACUUGAGAGCCAGUGUGGUGUAGUAGUUAAGAGUGGUAGUCUCGUAAUCUGGCGAACCAGGUUCGCGUCUCCGCUCCUCCACAUGCAGCUGCUGGGUGACCUUGGGCCAGUCACACUUCUUUGAAGUCUCUCAGCCCCACUCACCUCACAGAGUGUUUGUUGUGGGGGAGGAAGGGAAAGGAGAAUGUUAGCCGCUUUGAGACUCCUUAAAGGGAGUGAAAGGCAGGAUAUCAAAUCCAAACUCUUCUUCUUCUUCUUCUUCACUCUUGGGUAUUACUUUCCAUAGUUCCAUGUUGCUGUCAUAUGUUGCAAAUUCUGGCUUGCACCCAGCCUCAUUCCGGGCUCUGAUAAUGGGGCAAAUCCAUUAGAGCAGUCUUGGAAGCAAAAAACAAAGAAAAAGGCUUUUUCAUCCUCACAAUAUUGUAUGGAGUUUUACCAUUUUUGUUACUUACCAGAACCUCAGCCACUAGUGAUUUUGGGGAGGUGAAAACUUUGUGGAUUUUUAAAAUAAUAAUAAUAAUCUAAUGCAUUUUUUGUUUAAUCUUUAGAGCCAUUAGCAUGAUUUGUCUCCCAGUUAAGAAAUUCCAGGCCCCCAUUUCUAGCAUGCCUAGAUGAAACAUACUGAAUAAAUAUGGACCAUCAUUGCUACAUACAAUUGGAUAUUUAGAUUCCCACCUAGACUGUCAGUACUUAUUCAUUGUUAUGCAUUUAUUAAAAUUAAGGGAACCAAUAGUGAAAAUGUUUUUGCAAUGAAUCUCUUCCACAGAUGACACAACGAGAGUAAAACUUUCAAAUGUAGAUGAUGACCCAUGCUCUGACUAUAUCAAUGCAAGCUACAUCCCAGUAAGUGACUCCGUGCUUCCUUUUUACAGCCCUUUUAAAAAUUGGGUAUUUGACAGCAAUCUUUACUCAAGUUCAUAAACCUCUAAUCCUCAUACCCAGCCCAGUUAUACUUACAAUCCAAAUUUGAAAAUUGUGCCUGGCAGGCUGCCAUAGAAUUGAAAUUCAGUAAUCACUUAAGGCCUUUUUCUGGGCUUUCUGUAGCUUUGUGUGAGCCAAGAACAACUUUUUAAAUAUCUCUGUCUUUGUGGAACCUCUACAGAUAGGUACAACUGUUUGGCACACAGUGCCCGAAAUUGUAUUUCAUAUUGAAAGCAUGCAUAUCUUACAUUAAAGCACAACUGGCAAAGAUUACACUCUCGUUUGUCAUAAAUGGCAGAAUGCCUCCAGAUCCAUAGAUCUAGGAUCUAGGACCAAAUAAUGUCCUAUCCGUGGUGGUCUAUCUACCUCCCACAACAUGUGAUCUGGUUUCUAAUCCCUGUAUUAGUGUUUUCCUAAGUCACAUUUACGUUUUGCUUUCCUCUCAUAAGGUAGACCAGUGUUCUUCAACCAUGGGUUCCUCUGUAUUGUUGGACGGCAUCUCCCAUCAUCCUCAAACUGCUUAGCCAAUCAUGGGGGAUUCAGAGACCCAAGGCUGAAGGACAAUGAGCUAUAUACUGUUGUGAACACUCAAUGUUAAGAUUUUCACUCUGUCAUCUAUUGUAGUUAUGUUUGUGAACACUCCAGAAGACCUUGAUGAAUUGAUUGGGUGACUUUGUUGCCAUGACAUCCCAGUUUAGGAUAUUUUUUCUGUUGUUAUUGAUCCUGCCCAUCCUUCUGUUGGCAUAAUGGUUCUCCUUCUCCCAUUUUAUUCUCACAAUGAACCUAUGAGGUAGGCAAGAUAGGGACCGGUGGCCCAAUUUCACCUAAUGAGUCUAAUGGCCAUGCCAGUGCUCCCCAGAUGCUUUAUACUACAAUUCCCAUCAUCCCUUGCCAUUGCCGAUGCUGCCUGGGGUUGAUGGGAAAUGUAGUCCGAAACAGCCAGAGGGCAGCAGGUUGGUAAAGGCUGGCCUGGUACAAUACAGAUAACACGAACAAGAGGAGCUAAUAAAUAUCUCCCAACAAGAUCCAAGUUGUUGGGUAAACUGAAUUUACUGUGGUCUAACCCACAGAACCUAGGGCUUGCCAAUCAGAAGGUUGGCAGUUCGAAUCCCUGUGACGGGGUGAGCUCCCUUUGCUCAGUCCCUGCUCCUGCCUACCUAGCGGUUCGAAAGCACGUCAAAGUGCAAGUAGAUAAAUAGGUACCGUUCCAUCAGGAAGGUAAACAUUUCCGUGCACUGCUCUGGUUUGCCAGAAGCGGCUUAGUCAUGCUGGCCACAUGACCCGGAAGCUGUCUGCUGGCUCCCUCAGCCUAUAGAGCGAGAUGAGCACCGCAACCCCAGAGUCAUCCUAAUGGACCUAAUGGUCAGGGGUACCUUUACCUUUACUUUUAACAUUUUCCUUGGGAAGAAUCAGUGGAUAGGCUUUGAUCAUAAUCUUGCUGUUGUUUCUUAAUUUCAAAACCGUUAGUCCUUUUUUUACCUAGAGCUAUUUGUCCUUCAGGCAUCUUUUAAAGAAAAGCCUGCUCUCUCCUUGCAUCAUUCUCUGUUUUGCAUUGUGUGAGUUGAUCUUGAGAGGGCAAGGACGACUGGCUGGUGAGGAAUGGAUGGUAUUGUUUUGCGGCAUGGUGCUUGGAGUGCAGUGCCUUUUGAUCCCUGUGAUUCAAUGCACUGAGACAUUCUCUCUUUCUCUUCUCCAAUCACCUUACUGCUCUCAAGCCUCAAAGCAACCUUCAGCACUGUGCUUUAAAGCCAGUUAUCCAAGAAAGAUGCCUCUGCAUACGACAACACUAUCUAAACUAAUCAUAGGUUUCUAAAUUGGCAGGGCAAUAAUUUUCGCAGGGAAUAUAUCGCAACUCAAGGACCUCUGCCCGGCACAAAGGAUGAUUUCUGGAAAAUGGCAUGGGAACAGAAUGUUCACAAUGUUGUCAUGGUAACCCAAUGUGUUGAGAAGGGUCGGGUGAGUAAAUAGCUUUCCUGUUUCUUGAUUACAUAUAUGUAUCUAUAUCUCACACUAGCACUUGAGAUAACCCAACCAGGGUCAGGACAUGUUGCCACAUUGUGUAAAGAGCUUCACGACAAAUGCAUGAAAAGAUCUACAGAAGUUAAUCCAAGUAGCCUUCUGGCUUGGAGCCAUUAGUCCUCCAGUGGCAGAUCAGUGUGCUAAUGUGAUUAUCUUCCAGAAGGAAGGCAGGGUGUGGAUCAGCGAUGCUAUUGGUGCACAGGACAGCUGUCGUUUUAAUGUGAAAUUGCUACUCAUAAGAAAUGAGUGAACAUUGACAUGACAGAAGAUAGCAGGAUGUACCUGUUGAAGCGUGGCUAGUUACGUGGCUUACUGUGGGAGAAUAAUGAGUGGGCAGCACUAAAAACUCUGUCUGAAGGCACUCUAGCAUUCUACAGUUGUCAUUUGCAUCCUGAUAAAAUCUGCACUAUGCUUCUAGAAGAGAAUACAUCAUAAUUUGUGCCAUCCAUGUAAUUGUAUAUAAUUGUCUAUAAUUUGCUGGGCCUUUUAAAGUUAAAUAUAAAGAAUUCACAUCAACUGAUGUUAUGUUUUGUCAUUUUUGUUUAUUGAUUACCAAAGGGAAUAUACACGUAAAAGUAAAUCUAUUCUUCUGAUAGUAAAAGCAGACUCUUCUUUGUUUCUUUAGGUGAAAUGUGACCAUUACUGGCCCUUUGAUCAGGACUCCUUAUAUUAUGGAGACUUAAUAGUCCAGAUGCUAUCUGAGUCAGUACUCCCAGAAUGGACAAUAAGAGAGUUUAAGGUUUGCAGUGUAAGUAUAAUAAAACUAUUUUAGCAAGCUUUCCUCAAAAAUAAAGUUACACUAGCAGAGACUGAGUAUUAAAUAAUCAACUGGUUCCUUGGGCCAGAAGUUAAAGACUAGGAGUCCCCCAAUCCGAUACUAAUUUACCUGGGAGUAAGUCUCACUAAACAAAAUGGAAGUUACUUCUGAGUAGGCAUGUAAGAACUGCUCUGUGGAAGUUGUUUCUCACAUUACAAUGAAACAUGAGAGUAUGUUUGUGUUUUGAAAAGGCAUGCAGAUAUCAUUCUACUUUCACAGCAUGAAGCACCCAACUUUCAGCUAACUCUUUAAACUGUUAGAUCUGACUAGUGUGUGGCAAAUAUGGCCUGGUUGCUGCUGUGUCAUAAACUUAAUAUACCUACCUAUCUGCCAGGUCCUUCUCAGUUUUUCCUGGUCUGACUAAGAGCUAUUUACAAUUGAAAUAAAAAGCCAAGUGUCAUCCCUUAUCUCAGGUGUGUGGGGGGGUGAGCUUUGGCCCUCCAGAUGUUGCUGAACUACAUCUGCCUUCAUCUGUGGCCAUUGACCAUGAUCGCUUGGGCUGUUGGGAGUUGAGGUCCAGCAACCUCUGGAGGGCCAAAGGUUCCCUACACCUCCCUUAUCUGUACAGUGUGAGAACCUGCCCUCUGAUACUCAGCGGAGAUACACAGUGGUGUAUAUUGUCUGCUUUCUAUGUCUAAUUUUCCCCUUGACCUUAUAGGAAGAGCAGCUUGAUUCCUCUAGACUCAUUCGCCAGUUCCAUUACACAGUGUGGCCAGACCAUGGUGUACCGGAAACCACCCAGUCCCUCAUCCAGUUUGUGAGAACUGUACGAGAUUAUAUCAACCGAACACCCCGUGCAGGACCAACCAUAGUACACUGCAGGUAUUAGCAGGACAACAGUGCUUUGAAGACUGGGUUGGGGGUGGGCGAGAGAGCAUCAAGAAGUCUUUGCCUUUUAUUUGCUUUCCAGACUCAUUGAACAGGUAGGACGUCUGAUAGCCAACUGGAAGUUUAAGUCUUCCCCAAGUGCAAAGUGUACCUACCAAGAGAUCAUUCUUCCAACCGUUUUGCCGGUGGGCGGCACUGAGAAGUUUCCCUGCUUCUCUCUCAGUUAAAAUACAAAAGAUGGAAAUGAAUACAAAUGAGAGCUUAGCUUGAGCCUCCUGUGUCUUAUUAGCCAGACGAGGAAGAGGAGCAGCACAUCAGGAGACACACUGUUUCUGUAUUCUUUUUCAGUGCUGGAGUUGGAAGAACAGGCACCUUUAUUGCACUGGAUCGAAUUCUUCAGCAGUUGGACUCAAAAGAUUCUGUGGAUAUUUACGGGGCUGUGCAUGAUCUGAGGCUUCACAGAGUCCACAUGGUCCAAACAGAGGUAAGCAUUAUUAGGAUGCCACUAUUAUCAUACCACAAUAACCGGAGAGUCCUUGCUAAAAACUGAAUUGUUCGGUUCAAACCAGUGUAUGAAAUUCCAACACACUUUUUCCACUCUCCGGUCUUCCUGGUCCACUCUUCUGGGUUUGGGUAAGGUUCUGGUGCUGCUGCUGCAAUUGCAGCAGCAAUUGCAACUUUACCUUCCCACAAGCCCCUUCCCUCACCAGCCCUCCCCAAACUCUGCUUGUUUCCACCCUCUCCCUUCCUCUCAACAGAAAUAAGUCUCCAGACCAGUGGUUCCCAACCUUUUUUUAGCCAUGCCCCACCUAAGCAUCUCUAAAAUCCUGAUGCCCUCCCCGUGACAUAUUAAUUCUUAUUGUUCAAAAAGUGAACUCCUAUUCACAUGAAGGAAGCCUAAAAGGCCAUUAACUGUUAACUCAUUCUCAAAUUGCCAACCCCCCCCUCCGUGGUGUGAGUGCCCCACAUUUGAAACCAUGGCUCUAGACCAUGUGUGAGGUUUCUCCAGUUCCUUUCCCUCCUUGUGCCCUUCUUUCCUCAAUUAUAUAUCUUCUCCCUCACCUCUCAAAUUCCUGGUCAGCUAGAAACUGCUAAUCAGCUAGGGGAGGUGGUCAGCUAGCAUAGAUAAGCUGUUCUCAUUUUUAUGUGUUUUUAUCUUGCUGUGUACAAAUGAAAGCUGGUAUACAAAGUUAAUAAAUAAAUUGCUGGUCAGCUAGCAACUGCUUGUCAGUUAUGGGAGGAAGUCAGCUAGCAAAGGUAAGCUAGGCACAGGUAACUUUCCUCAAGGGCCAGAGUCUCUGUUCCCUGCUGUGAUCUCAGAUUGCAUUAAAACACCACUGAAGGAAAUGGAACGUCGUCGUCGUCCCCCCCAAUGCAUAUUGAUGCAGGGGGUUUGGCGGGGGUGGCAAUCCCAAUUAGCAGUUGGGUAAAGCCUACUGCUUCCCACACUAAGGUCAUGAUUCAGUCCCCCCCCCCCCACUCAAUCCCCUUGCUGGAAAUGUGUGGUUUUUUAAAAAUAAAAAACACCCUGCACUUAAGGGCACAGAUUAGUGAGCCAAUGUAUCGUCUAGCCCUUAGCUCAUCCCUCUUUGUCUUCUUGGACCUCAUGCAUCAUUUCCUAAAAGUGCUGAGCUCUCAUGUAACGUUUGGAUUUCUAUGACUAUCCAGCCACCCAUCCUAUAACAAAGCUUUGCUUGUACAGCAGUACCUUAAGUACCUUUUAUCUCCCAUGAUGCUAGCUAGCCGCACUUCAACAGGAGUUUUUUUCCCCUUCUCCUUUCUUCGCUCCUUUUUGUGCACCUUCUGUAUUGCACAGAUGAAUGCUGGUACUACAAAACAAUCAGUAGCUGCUGCAGCUUAAUUACUUAACUUUUCAAAAUACGAGGGGGAUGUACUUGCUCCCUAACAGCAGCCUCACAAAAAAUGUAGUCCUUUACAAUGAGGGAAGUGAAAGCAAUUUUCACCAGCUCUGGGGAAGUGCCUAUUUCGCUAUCCAUUUAUAUAGACAGUAAUUUACAGGCACUCUGGACAAAUAACUAGGGAUUUUUUUUUCCUCCAUGGGUGAAAUAGGGUCAGUGUUUCAGAGCAUUAGGCUUAGUGGGGUAGACAAUGGUUCAAAAGAUGAGACAUACUUAGGAGCUCUGUAUAUGAGCGCUUAGAAAACCAUCAGACAAACAAGCAGAGAUAAAGAAGGAUAUAUAACUGAAGUUGUAGAUACUUAUCUGUGAGCUUAUUACUUAGAAGCUGCAAGGUCAGAGGGAGAGACGACUUUUAGUGUGUUCUAUUUAUUUACCAAGCAGGUUUUGCCAUCAUUCAUUAUUAUGGUAUUGGGAAGAAGAGAUCAGUCUCUUCCCAACAUGUUGUUCACAAGCGGGUAAUAAAACAAGAUGAGAGCACAAAUCUUUAAUUUAAAACACACAGAAAGAGAGAGAGAAGUUAGUGCUACUGUUGUUGGUGAGGACACUUGCUAUGCUUGCAACCAGGGUGCUUCCAGAUAGAGAUAGUUGCUCCUCAUGCAUGCAUGUUUGUUUGUUUGUCUAGAUGCCAUUGCUGGCAUCAACAUACCAGCUAAUAUUUUUUCCUCAUUUAAUCUGGAUUUUCAGUGUAAAAUAAGACAAGUUAAAAACAAAAACAAAAAACACCCUGAUUCCAGUUUCCCAUUUGCAAUAUCUGAAGGACAUCUUUGCGAUAUUAAGCCCCUAUUUGGAACCAUCACAGCAUUAUGCAUGCUGCUGUGAAGUCCAGGAAAACAUGCAUCUUGCAUGUAAAAUAAAAUAAUAAUAAUAUAAUUUAUUUAUACCCCACCCAUCUGGCUGGGUUGCCCCAGGAACUCUGGGCGGCUUCCAACACAUAUAAAAAUCUAACCAAACAUUAAGGAUUUGGCUACAUUGGUAAAUAAAAAUUGCUUUAUAUGCAUUGUUUAUGCUUUCUAAGACUGUGACACCAGCUGCGUACUGUAGAGUUUCAUUUUUGCUAUGCCGAUUUCGCAUACAAAGUUUACAGCGCACUUAAGUGAAACACUUCUUUGAUGUGUCUAGAUCCAGCCUAAUAGUAACAAUAUGAUCCAAUAUAAAAAGUCACAAUAACUUUAAAAUAAACAACAUACCAAGCAAAGCAACAUUCAGCAAUCCAUCAGGAUCUAAUAGUAAACAGUAAAAUUAAACCUCAGCAAAUAAUAAUUAAACAGUUUGCACUUAUCAGCCACAAUAGAGAAUUACAGUACAUCUCCCUCACUGGUAGAGAACAGGGGAGGAAACAAACAGAAGGACCAAUGGGAUGGGAAAGUCUUAUUAUUAUGCUGGAAAUAUGUAGUGUCGAAGAAUUAAACAGGAACAGUAGCAGAACUGGGAGAGCGGACUGUUCAAGUUCAGUGUUGUAGUCUGGGAUCCUGCAAGCCUUCAUUAGUUUAAAUUCUUCCUGGUUAGCUGUUGGGAAUUUCUCCCUCCCCUCCAACCAGGCACAAUGAGAGAGGCUGUUCCAGCGGUAUUAGAAUCUGGGUCUGUUUAAUUUGUCAGGUUACAGUGAUCUACAAAUUCCUGUGUGUCUCUUAGACUGUGCUUAGCACUGUUUGAAAAUGCUAUGGUGCUGUUGCUUGGAUCAUAAUGAAAAAUCCAAGUGCUUCCUAAUAAAUGAGAUGCUCUAAUAAGUUCAAACUUAAGGUUUUUAACAGGCAAAGCUGAGAAGCCUGUGUUAUAAUUGUGGGGGAGAUUUUCCAUGUAGGCACUAAAAAUGAUUGCAUUGCAAAAAAAAAAAAAAAAAAAAAGACGCCUUAGUCACUAGGCUGGCAUCACUCUGGAAAAUAUUACUACCGUUAAGAUGAUGAGUAUUAUUAAUUGAAUUAACUAAUGGGGAUAUUCUUCCUAGUUAGAAAAGUGAAACUAAUUUAUUUUUAGAUGGGAUUUACAAUAAUAUUCCGGUUAUCUGGUAUAAAAGUGAGGAGAUGAUUGAAUGGUUUUGAGUUCUUUCAUUACAUUGAAAAUUCAACAUUUUGAACUUUACUAUGAUCCAAGCAGAAUAGGAAGGAGGCAAAGAGGCCUCCACAGUCUUACUGCCAGAGUUGAGAUUUGGUGACUUGCUGCUUCUGUCAAGGAAAUGGACCUUUCAGAUCUACCUAGCAUGGCUAUGGGCUAAAAUGAACUGUGCAGUCAUGCAAUGCAGCUCAUUUAAACCAAUUAGGCCCUCCUCACUUGUACAUUUCUGGAUCAAAGAGGUCAAUAUUUCAUAGCAUGUUGGGGGCUAGCAAGAACUUACAGGUGGAUGUUGAAAUAAACAGAGGGAAACUCUCACCUCCCCCCCCCCUUCAUGCUCUAUAAUCUAGUAGCAUUACAGAAGUCAAGCCUAGGGCAGGAGCAACCAUUCUGAACCAUCUAAUGUGGUGUGCCUGGUGGGGAGCUAACAUUCCACUCCAGUCUGGUGGUAUGUCAUCCAAACCCAAUGCCUCCAGUCCAUUCAAUUAUUAGGAAUUCUGGCCCUUUAACACCUUAGAUUAUGGGGGAAAGAGAACACUUGGAUAAGAGGAAUUCCAUCCUAAUAAGCCAGCUGCAAAAGGCUCUCUAAGCUGUAAAGGAAGCAGACCCCCCCCCAACAACUUAAUGAUUCAGGUGUUGAUUGGUGUCAAGAGAUUAGAGGGAUCUGUCAAUUUUGAUUUCUCACAAUUUCUCAUUUUUCAAAUCUUAAUUUCAGUUUAUCUAGUUUCUGUGCACAUUUGCAAUUUUCAAAGAAGCCAUAUGAAAAUUCAUAAUAUUGUGUGCAUGCCUCCUAAUACACAGAUUUAUCUGUUAUAUGAUUUUUUGCAAGCAAUUUGCACCCAGUGCAUGCUCUCUCUUUAAUAUGGUUUGGUUAGAGAAUGACAAUGCAAAAUUCAUAAAAUAGAGUGUGUGUUUUUUCCCAGGGAAAGCUGUUUUCCAGUUCAUAUAUUGGUUCAGAAAGUUCAAAAUGACCUGAACAAAUAUGUUCUCCUAUCACUAGGAAAGGAAGACCUGAAAAAACAUUUUUUUCCUCAUCUUGACACAUUCUCUUCCUUCACUGUAGUGUCAGUAUGCGUAUUUACAUCAAUGUGUGAGAGAUGUCUUAAGAGCAAGAAAGCUACGCAGUGAACAGGAAAACCCAUUGUUUCCAAUAUAUGAAAAUGUGAAUCCAGAGUAUCACAGAGGUAAGGAUAUUUUUUUUAAGAUUAAUAAUAUAACUUUAUGAUGUAUAACAACAUGAUUAUAAUAUAACUGGUAGUUAUAGCAAAAGCAGCCAUCUCUUUCAGUAAAUAUAAAGAUUGCAAUUUUGAAUGUCAGCACACAACCUGGGACUUCUGUUAAAAGAGCUGACAAUGGAUGGUGAAUCAUAUAAUCUGCUUCUUACGGGUAAGAAGGUAUCAUGAGCUGAGAAGAGAAGCAAGAUGGUUCUGAGCAUUAACCCUCAUUUUCUUUUUCUUUAGUUGUUCAUGCAGUUCCUUUGAACCUACAACUCCUUGAUAUUUGUUACAUUUGUGCUGUUAUUGCGCAGUCCACCACAACAGAGGAUUAAAUAUUUUUAUUUAAACCAGUCUACUCCCAUUGAAAAAGUUGAGAAUUUACACCCCAGAACUUUGAACGAAAUCUCAUGGAUAUAGUAUAUUACUGUCCUCCAACUUGACCUUUCUAUUAUUUGAAAGAAAUCUCCGCCAUUCAAGGGAUCUCUAAACACCAUCUAGUUCUUUCAACUUUUCAUGGGCUGUACUUGAAGGCUCCAUUACAGGCUUAAUGUGUUUCCCUUCAUGUGUUCAUAUGCCAUAUUUUAUGCUAUAGAAUAGCACCCUUUUGCUGCCUUUUGAGGUUUUAGGCUUUCUGGAGAAGGGAGAAUAUAUUGUGCUAAUAAAAUACCAGACAUAUUUACUAUACCAAACAAACGACCUUGAUAAGAAUAACCUGCCUUGCCCUUCCAUCACUUUCUUUGCUUGACAUCUUGCUCCAGUAUAGGAAGUCAUAAUGAGAGGAUUUACUAAAGCCGCCUUAUCAAUUUUUGAUAGUGGAGUCCUGUAUAGUAAUCAGUUCUGUGGUGGUAGAUUCACAGAAUAUCUGACUAUUCUGCAGCUAAAUGCCCAGUAAACUUUUUAUUUUAUUUUUACCCAUACUGACAAUUUUUAAAACUCUCUAUUUUGUUCAAGGAUAGCCAAUGUGAUGUCUCCAGAUAUUGUAGACCACAACUCUCUUCAUCCCUGGGCCAUGGUGGCUGGGGCUGAAGGAAGGUUUAGUCCAAAGCUCCAGAGAGUAGGCAUGAUAACUAUACAGUGGUACCUCGGGUUACAUAUGCUUCAGGUUACAUAUGCUUCAGGUUACAGACUCCGCUAACCCAGAAAUAUUGCUUCAGGUUAAGAACUUUGCUUCAGGAUGAGAACAGAAAUCGUGCUCCGGCGGUGCAGCAGCAGCGGGAGGUCCCAUUCGCUAAAGUGGUGCUUCAGGUUAAGAACAAUUUCAGGUUAAGUACGGACCUCCAGAAUGAAUUAAGUACAGUGGUACCUCGGGUUAAGUACUUAAUUCGUUCUGGAGGUCCGUUCUUAACCUGAAACUGUUCUUAACCUGAAGCACCACUUUAGCUAAUGGGGCCUCCUGCUGCUGCUGCACCGACACAGCGUGAUUUCUGUUCUCAUCCUGAAGCAAAGUUCUUAACCUGAGGUACUAUUUCUGGGUUAGCAGAGUCUGUAACCUGAAGUGUAUGUAACCCGAGGUACCACUGUACUUAACCCGAGGUACCACUGUACCUGAUUUAGAUUUAUUUAUUUUCACAAGAUUAAUGGAUGUUCCUUUGCAAGGGUUUGCAGUUUGAAUCUUAUUGCUGUUUCAUAGGUACAAAUAUGUGGGUGUUUUAGGCCAAUUUAACUGCCAUAGCUCUCUGCCCCCCAGCAAAAAAUUGAUCCUACUACAUGAAUUAUAAAGAUUUCUGUUAAUUCCCUGCUAGAAUUGUUUUCAACACAUGUGUAUGCCAACUCUCCAGAGCAUAGAUUAUUACAUCACUGGUGAAAGCCACUAAACAGGCUUGUUGGACUCUCACUCCUAUCAUCCCUGACCACUGAAGUCUAUAACAUCUGGGGAGUACCAAGAUGGCUGCCCUGAAAAAGAUACUAUUUUUUUAAAGAACCUUUUCCCCUUCCACAGAACUAAAGUUCCCAGAGUUCCCUGGGGUAAGGAAUGAUGGCUUAACCAGUUCAAAGCUGUAACUCCAGAUGGGAGGAAGCCCUACAAAACUAUGCAGCACUUGCAUCUGAGUAGACAAGUUUAGAACUGCACUGUAAGUCUGUAGUAUAGAUGAUACUGAAUACUAAUAUGGCUACCUCCCCACCCCACCCCGUUGCAGAGCUUAUGUCCUUUAAGAGCUGUGUGAGAAGCAGAAAUCCAGCAGGAAAGGCUUAACCUAAUCACAGUACUUGUAUGCCAAAAAGAGCUUUCUUUCCUCAAUUUCUGCUUUUUAUAUAGCUUGGUUUUGUUAUUUGUUUUUGUUUAAAAGAUUUAUAGGGCAAUGUCCUAUUAGCGUUAAAAAGGCAGGAGUCCUGUCAAGAAAAAAAAUAUAUGACUGUUCUGUCUUGUUGUUCUAAGGCACAGUUGCCGCUUUCUUAUUUUGCAUAGAGACACAAUUCUGGUCUCCAGCUAUCUAUAUCAUUCUAGUACUUUCAUAAGGACAUGUUUACAGGCUGGUACUGGAAAUAUGAAAACAAAACCAUUCUGUGUGCUCUUCCUAACUUCCAUUUUCUUUUUGUUUCAGAUGCUGUUUAUUCAAGGCACUAAAGCUCCAACAGAUUCCUGCUUGUUGCAGUUGUAUCUGUUGGUUUUUUUAAAAAAAAUAUUUUAUGCACUACAGAAGUGCCAGACAUGUUUGAUACUGUGUAUAAUUUAUUAGUCUGGUGACAUUUUUAAAGUAUAUAAUUUAAAUAUAAUAGAUAUUGUUGUAUAUAAAUGUACUUUGCUAUUGUGUAAAUAUGUAUUUUAUCUAUAAUGUUUAUAUUAAGCUUCAGAUAAUACUAUUUUUCCAUGCUAAAGUUAUUUUAAUGAAUUCUUCCCUAUAAACUAUCUUUUGCUGAAUAAGUAGCAAGUUUUUAAGCAUUAGACAAAAAAGUGUAACACAGCACUUCCAGGCAUGGGUGGGCAACCAACAUACCUAGACUAGCACCUCCUUGCAGCUAUGUUGUUAAGAGUUAAAAAUUAUUGAUCAUUCAAGAGCUGCAAAAGCAUGCAUAUUUCAUACCUUGUGAACUGUGAUAUCAGCUUCCAUUCAUCUGUGUGCAUGUCAUGUUCUUUAGACUUCUGAAGGCAUCAGGGUUUUAAAUAAUAAUGAAGACUGCAAUCCUGAGGGGGAGGGAGACAAUAAAGAGACUGUCAUAUUAUAGUUGACAGGGGAAGACCUGGCACUAGGGAUAAUAGCUUCAUUGAUGCACAGGAAACUGAAGUGGUGCUCCAGAAAACCUGCUAAAGGUUGGGAAACUACAAGGAGGAAGCAGCUGGAGAGAAUGACUCAUGGGUUCGGUUGUCUCUGUACUAAUGCACAGAGUAAGGGGAAACAAGCAAGACAAAUAUGAGCUCUUAACACAGUAUGGAGAAGACAGAUAAAUACUAUUAGGUGACAGAAGGCGGAACACCUACUUUACCUCUUUCAUCACUCAAAAGAAAAGCAGUGCCCAACCUGUUGAGAACAGAAUAAACGAUGCACAGAGGGAGCUACAGCCCAAGAUGUGGUAAUGGAACAUCUAGCUACCUUAAAUGAAUUCACAUCUCUGGGACCUGAUGAAGUGCACCCAAGGGUACUAACCUUCCUUGGAGGUUUGUUUUAAAAGAUUCUUUCAUUGCCGGGAGUUGGAUUAGAUAACACUCAGGGUCCCUUCCAACUCUGACACUCUGCCCAAGGCCUGCUGCCUAUUUUUCAGCAUCAGAUUAAUUUCCAAUGAGACACUCUGGAAUGCACAAAGUUGCUCAACUUUAAGAACAGCCAGCUGCUUUAAUUGGCUCACUUUUAUGAAGGUGUUGCAAUAUGUUAGCUCAAUAGGAACAGAUGCAGGGCAUUAAAUAGUUCUAUUAAAUAGAACAUUGUUGCUAAAUGGGACAAUAAGUUGAGAUUGAACUGUUUCCACUGUUGAUGCUUAACUUCAUAUUUUCACUAUAAAAUGAAUAUGCAGCCUGAUCUGAAAAAUGCAUGCAGUGAAUAAACACUUACAUAGCACAAAUGUAUUUUAGAUGCAAAGGCUAGAAUAUUUGUGCAGCACAUUAAAAAAGUUUUGAAGACAGAGCCUGAGUUUGAUGAGAGACCAUCUGAUAGAAAAGAGUCUUCAGCCCAAUAAAGACAUAAAGACUAUCAUCAAUCCUCUCUACAUGUGGAGGACAAAGGCUCUAUAUGCAGAGAGAAUGAAUUAUAGCCAAGAUUUUGCCACAUUCUUAAAAUACUUCAAACCUUGCUGUUCAUUGCAAAUUGCUUUCUUUCCAAAAGAGGUGGAG